UUCAUCUCUUUCUAACGCGUCAAAAUGUCUCGCGAAUCACUGCAAGAACAUGGUGGAUGUCGAAUUGGAGGCUUACCUCGGAUCCAAUGCAUGAGUUGUGAGUUAAUAAUCUACUAUUGACCUUUCAGUGCUCGCAUGAUUGAAACUUGCAGCUAGUCUCGCUUUUUGGAGCUUAGAGAGCUUCAUAUUCAGAUCUGUCGAUUUAGAAAUUCCUUUUUACGUGUACUAUUAUUUGCCAAGAGAGGAUAGAGGGUUUUCUCCCCAGUAUUUACACUUUGCAGUUUAUUGACUAGAGCAAUUGCGUUUAGAAAUCAGUUCUACAUUAUCGUGGUUUUAUUUAAGCCUUUCUCCACAGUUCAAUGUUGAUUAACUGUUUGCACUGAAUGCUUGUCAUAAUAUUUGACAUGGAAAGGAAAACUACCUUUGGAUUUUCACAGAGCUCACUUCGACAUCUGUGUAGAAUAAAUAGUCAAAAAAAAGCAGUGUUAAAAUAGAGGAGAGAAAAGAGCAUGAAGAAACCAACGCGACAAGAAAACAAAACAACCAAUCAGGGAAGUCACUAUCAAACUAAGAGUUAUCUCAGUACUGUAUUAUAGAGGAGCUUUAAUAAUGAUAUUUUCCAAGAGACCACAAAGGGUAUGUUUUCGGGCUGGAGUUUAAUAUCAAUAGUAGAGCAGCUUACUUGCAAGAAGUUAGGUUUUGUAUAAUUUCAAUAAUAUUAUUGCUUGUGCUGGGAGUGAUAUGUUGGAACAGCUGGGUCUAGGUUUUAAACUUGUUUUUGAGGUAGUUGUAAUAUGGGUUUGUGGAGAAUUAAACGUUUGAUAAGGGAAAAGCGAACUUUUAUACCUCCGAAUUUCAAUGGUCAGAAUCGAUCUUUAACUUUAAUUUUUACUGUCGGUAUUUCCGGAUAGUUUGACAGGGGCAAGGAAAUACAAUAUUUAUGUUUUGCUAAAAUUGAUUUGUUUAAGAAAGAAUCUGGCACACCCGUUUUGCAACGCGCUUGUCUACGAUUGUUAGUCCUCAUACUAAGUAACUGAAUAAACGCCGAACCCUCUAAAAUAUUUGUUCUCAAUCUUGCAAGAUUAUUUCGUUGCAAAUGUCAUAAAAGAGCAGUACGAGGUUCUCUUAUCUUAGUCAUUCUUAAGCUGGCGCAAAUCUAACAAUUCCAUAGCUGUAAUAACAUAAUUUUGUUUUACUUUGUAAGAUACCCGCGUAUUUCCGUAAGAUCUAAAUGACGAGAAUCAUAGAUUGACAAAUACUAAUCUAUUUCUUUUUGAAAAAAGAAGAUUCUUAUGAAAAAAAAAAAUGUUGACGCAUGAUAUUGAAGUUAGUGCAACGAAUUUGGGUGGAGUCCGUGACACCUGUCUCUCACCUGCCAUUUGUUUAUGUUUCAGCAAGUCAACCCGAGGGUGGUGAACUGGGCAUAUGUGGAAUCGUCAUAACGGUUUUGUGUUACAUUCUUGUAGUCGUCACGUUCCCAUUUUCACUGUUCUUUUGUUUGAAGGUAAGCCUGCGGAAAACAUUAGAUUGCAUCGAGACUUUUCUUUAUCGAAGUAUGUAAUGGGUUAGCAUUUUAAGAGACUUUGAUUGUCGUUGGGAUAAGAUUGAGGUGCGCGUGGAGUUGUGGGAUGGAACGAAGCCAGGAAAAGUAGCUACUUCCUUAUUUUUUACUGCUUCUCUUCCCAUAAUUCCCUAAGUGCCAUUUUACACAACUAUAAUAAAGACAGGUUACAAGUCUGUAAUCGUAAACAGAUCAGAUUCAGUUACGAGGGUGCUCUCACGGUUGUGAGAUGGUGAACGAAAACUUUGGUUUUUUGGGGCCAAUGAAGUUGAAGGCAAUCCUAUUUAUACUGAACAUGUAAAAAAUAACGAAAUUAAGUUCCGACUUUUCGGUGACAUCAUGGAAUGGAAAUAAAUGCGAGUUCAAAUGAAAUUAGAGUACUCAGUUGCAUGAAUGAACACAGUUAGUUAUUUUUCACAUGUUUAUGUCUCUCCAAACAAUUAUUAAUAAUACAAAAAUUCUGUUUAUCUACCGUUGACGUUAAAAAGACUAUUUCAAUCAAAUAAGCAAAUGAGAAAAACUUACUUUUUGACCUUCAAUGUUGAUGGGUUUUUAACUUUCACAAAGAUAAAAUAUCUGUAUGUAUUUUGUAGAAAAAGGGCAUAAUGUGAGCAACAUCCUCUGAGUUCGACGAGACCUCACCGAAAAGAAAUAUUUGUAAGCUAAGUGUCGUUUAUUAAAGGAAGUACUUAGACCUAUUUUUUAUUUUAACCAGAUAGUACAAGAAUAUGAAAGAGCCGUGAUAUUCAGACUAGGAAGAAUUCUCCCCGGCGGGGCCCGGGGACCAGGUGAGAAAAACAAAAAAAAAACAGCAAUCUUUAGCUAAGCAGCCUGGCUUCCAAAGCACCCGGGAACUGAGCAUUUAGCUAUUAAGCUGACUUCGACGGUUCAGAAGGUCAGGCUUUUAUAAGUUCCGGAAUGGAUAUAUAACACUUGGCUAACCUUGGCAUUUCGUAAUUGUUUUACUUUACUAGUUAGUUAGUUUAGUUAGUUUGUUUGUUUUUGAAAAACAAACAAACUAACUAAACAAAACUACCCAAAGGUUUUGUUUUUGUUGUUUUACUUUAACUUUGUAAAUAUUUUGGCCAGGUUUAUUUUUCGUCCUCCCCGCAAUUGAUAAGUACAGCAAUGUGGACUUACGAACUGUAUCCUUUGAUGUCCCACCUCAGGAGGUACAUAUUUUCAUUUUUAUAUAUAUGUAAUUAUUGAAAUAAUUCGUACUUUUUUCCACUAGGCUUUUAUGGCUGUUUAAAUGUUCUAAGUUAAAAACUUCCUUUGCAUUCACGAAUUCCAAUCGUACCAGAGGAGCACGCUAUUUCCCUUCCCUUAUUUGUGGUGUGACGACAAUAAUCCGCCGAACAUGCAAACGAUCUCGCAGUUUAGAGCUCUUAUUAAAAUAUAACAUAGCGGCUCGAUUUAGCCUGUGCCAGGCCCUCCCUGACUUCCACUCGGCUUUCGCGCAACUGUUCUCGUUCCGCUUUCUCUACUACAUUGGAGCCUGGAACAGGUCAAGCACGAUUCUUCUCUUGGUUAUCUGAAACCAAAACUUUAUUCGACUAUUAAAAGCACUUCCUUACUCUCACAAUCUCUCUACUGAAUGAGCUUUGCCUUCAAUUAUCAACUUAUCUUGAUUCAAAAUUAACUUAAAGUAUCUUAUUAGCUAAUUUCUCAUCAUAAAGUUCUUUCAAUUGAUUGGCUAGGCUCUGACACGUGACAGCGUGACAGUUACUGUUGAUGCAGUGGUAUAUUUUAGGAUCCAGAAUGCCACGGUGUCUGUGACCAACGUUGAAGAUGCGCAAGGUUCGACCAGACUGCUUGCCCAGACUUCUUUGCGAAACAUGAUCGGCACGAGGAAUCUCAGUGAUAUCUUAAUGGACAGGGAGGGGCUGAGUACGCAAAUGCAGGUAAACAAAUGCAGUUUGUUUUCUCUUAGCGUGGCUGCUAUUUCAGCUGAUAUCUUAAUAAAUAGAUAAACUUGUUCAAAAGGGGAAAGCCUGAAUAUAGAUGGCCAUGGUGGUAAUAAACCAAGCGAUCACAAAUAUGCUACUACGGCCAAACAUUUAAUUUGAUCACAAUAAAGAUUAUCGAACGCAGAAUACUGCGUUUUAACUGUCAAAAAACGGUAAGAAUUGUAAAAAAUCCUCAUGUCUAAUUAGUAGCAUGCAUUGACGCAGUUGCUUUGUGAAAAGGGUCUUGAGUUGGAUUACCAGGCGUGAAACCAAACGAGAAACGACAAACGACGUGCGAGCUCUUUACCUAUUGAGUGACCUUAAAAUAUUUGAAAGCAAAAUAAAGAAAAGACAAAAAGGAGCCUCAGAAAAAACAGUGGCUUGCGUAAAAAAUAUUAUUGAAUAUUUUCUUCUCAUAUGUUUGCAUCCUUAGUCAUUCCUUGAUGACGCUACUGAUCCCUGGGGCGUGCGCGUGGAAAGAGUAGAGAUGUGAGUUUCUUAUGAGGUCCUGGACAGCAACAACCACGACCACAACAAGAACAAAACCAUCACCCAGAAGGACAAGGACAACCUGAACGACAAAUCAAUAACUACAGUAGUAACGACAUAGAUUAAUGAAAUAGGUUUUAUGUGUUUCAACCUCAUUCUGAGGAUUUUCGUUUUGUUUGAAAAAUGAUUUAUAGGGCGGGAAAAUUAUGGGAAGGUGAAUGUGUUUGCGCUUGACAGGCCUUAGAGACACCGGAACCUGCAUGCUAAUAGCCCGUUAGAGUGUUGACCGCUUUAUGGUCCCGGCCACGGCGCCAAUGCCUGAUGUGCGAACUGCUGAUGUAUGAUAUAGAUUUACGGCUGCAAACCUUUUUCAGUACCAGCAUCUGGUCGUUUUGACGGUGAUAUCACUGAAACAGCUGAUGAGUCAUUGCGAUCAAAAUUCUUUAAUCUACCAUACAGACGUUAAUAGGAGUUUGUCCAGGGCCAGAGAAAACUUGAUUUUAAAUCUCUAAUUAAAUAACCUGUACGAUGCGAUACGAUGCGAUACGAGAAAUAAUUUUUUGUAUAAAAGAGAGAGCUGCAUUUGAUACAAAGGUUCAUGUCUUAUAGCGUUUAACCAAAUGUUUAUUUGUUGUUCUUUAUCACACAGUAAAGAUGUUCGUCUGCCUGUUCAGUUGCAGCGUGUGAUGGCGGCGGAGGCUGAAGCUACACGAGAAGCCCGAGCCAAGGUGACUUUAAAAAAAAAACACUUAAAUUAAAUUAAAAUUUACUCAUCGUAUAUGAAGCUCUCUCAACUAACUGUGAGAUACUUCCUGAGCGAAGUGUGCUAGGCGAGCUCAAGGCUUGGAGUAUUUAGUUAAUUUCCUGUCGCAGAUAAGUAAAGAGACUACUGCACGAGUGCUAAAGCCAAGAAAAAGGCAAUUACCGCCAUUUUAGAGCAAUAGAAAAGAAGCACUGAACAGAAAGUGUAUGACUAUCGGGUAAUUGGUUGCAACUGCAAAGCCACGGCUACACGAAACCAGAGAAUCUGCUCACUGAAACCGCAUUUAUGAAACAGCUCUCAGUGGUCCCGUCAACACGAUUCCGGUAAAGAGAUAUCCGCUGAAUAUCCGAUAUCAAAAAAGGCCGUAUUCUGGAGGACGGGGCCUGAUGAUGAGUUUCAUUUAACAUUAAUUUGGAAGUUACUUUUGUGACGUAAGCUAGUCAUGUGACAUGAGGAAUUGCUACUUACAUCUUUUUAUAAAAUAACUAAGAUUGCACGCGCGUUCUGAUUGGUUAAAAACCUAUGGUUUAUUGUGCCGGUAAACUCAUUGAAAACUGAAACAUGCUUUAAAAGCCUUCGGCUCGUGAUUUACAAACUUUUUCUCGUGUUCUCCCAACAUCCCAAGAAGGUUAUCACGGAAGUAAACCCAUAGAAAGUGUGGUCUAUUGCUUAAAUAAACUCUUUUCCAGGUUAUCGCCGCUGAAGGUGAAAUGACUGCUUCCCGUUCUUUGAAAGAUGCCGCUGACAUCAUGGCAGAGACACCAUCAGCUAUGCAGCUUCGAUACCUGCAGACGUUAAAUACAAUCUCAGCAGAGAAAAACUCCACCAUCGUCUUUCCGAUACCCGUGGAAUUCAUGUCCAAGUUAUUUCACAAGUAGAGCUGGGGUUGAAAUUUUGGUCUGAAAAAAUAUGUUGGAAGACGUCAAGUAGAAUCUGCGUGCUCCGUCAGUAUAUCACUGGAUCAUCAUUCAUAGAACGUUGGCUAACCAGUUACGCGCAGACAUUUGCUAAGAAUUUUAGUCGCCAAAAAGGUUAUUAUUCAUGUUGUUCAGUUUGCUUUGAUAGCAAUUUCUUUUUGCCUAAAAAGGCAGGUGAUAAAGAAUGACGAAAUGCAAAGUUGGUGGGAAAUGACAGGAAAGGCCAAAUCGUCAAAAGAUCAGAUCGUCAAAUCAUACUUGAGACCUCUAAUUGCAAGCCUUUUUUUUGCGGCCUUUCAUUCUUGGCCGAAGAUAGUUUUAUUGCCGUGAAUGAAGUAUUCUUUAACAAUAACUGAAACAUUUUUAUUUUCUCGGCAUUUCAAUGCAGAAAGGAAGCCGUGUAUUUCUUAAAAAUUAAAAUUGCGCUUUGUAUCGGUAAUCCGACCGCAACUAGGUCUAGCCUGAGAUCAUGCCCUCUCCCUAUUAUCCCUCUAUGUCCCUCACGGGAAGAGGGCGUUAUUUUUUUUUUGCCUCUCGCCUCGUCCGCCCUUGAAAAAAAAACGCCUGAUCGCAGGUUAAACUAGGUCCGGCAUCGCUACAUAUCCGUAUAACUUUAAACCAAAAGAGAAUGGCCGUUUUUAAAUUAAAGGACGCAUUAUCCGUCUUGGUCUAUGGCCGUUUUUAUACUAAGGACGCACUAUCCAUGUGGACGAACUUGUGCAAACAUUUGUAGUUCGUCUGAUCAGUAUGCGUCACAAGUAUCAAGACGGACACAAGACGCAUUAUACGUCUGGACGAACUUUUCUUCGAAAUACGUCUUGAACGACGUACUACUAAAGGUAGUUCGUCUGGACGCAUGCCCGUCUUUAUUCAAGAGACGCAGAACCAGACGAAUUACAAAACGUUUGCCCUAGUUCGUCCAGACCGAUCAAUACGUCCUUAGUACAAAAACGGCCAAUGAGUUAGAAAGAAUUCAUUCCCUCUUGUUUUAACCAAAUUAGUAAUUGGGAUGAUGAAUUUCUCUUUUUUUAUCGGCAGAAAUUUUUCAGUACCAAAAUCAGCAACUGGCGGCAAACAGCCAGUAAAUUAUAGACAAGAAAAAGUUAAAACAACUUCAGUAAAGAUUAGGUGAUUCGCUUUGGCAGGAACAAAUAAAGCACAAAUAUAUAAUUUCAAGAGUAAAAUGCAGUACAAUUUUUUUAAGUGGUCUAUCUUGUAACGAAAAUAAUCAUUUUAUAUUGUAAAAUAUAAGUGAAUUUUAAAUUUAGAUUUUACAAUGAAACCGCAUUUAAUUUACAGCUAUCUUUUACGUGGAUUCGUAGCCUUGCUAACAAGAGAUUUUUCGUCCGUUUUUUUUAUUAGUGUUACAAUUAAGUAUUCGUUUACCUGAAGUGUCAAUAAAACCCAAAUGCUACGAAGAAAAACUCCUUUCUGCUCUUUCUCCGCGUUUCUUUGUCUCACCCCAACCUCGUCCCUAGGGCUUUUCUCUUUCCCUUUUCCCUUUUCCCGCCCCACCCAUUUUUUAAGGGAAAAGCCCUGGGGACGAGGUUGAUCUCACCCGACACAGGCCUCUCGCCAUGUGGAGUGUAAUGGCUACUUUGUCUCUGUCAGUUUCCCAACUGGUAUCAGACCUAGGCCAAACGUAGAACGUUUCAUGAGAAGAACCAAACUCUAAUUUGGGUCGACCUAAAUUAAGUGAAGAUCGUCUGUUGAGUCAGAUGUCGAACUUGGGACGAUUUAAACCAAUGAACUGAAUGAGCCCAAAAAGCAAUUUUAGUCGGCAAGCGGGCCCAAUAGUUUCUCCCAAACGUGGCUAAAUAUACAUUUCAUACCAAUUUUUAAUCCAUUUUGUUUAGUUCGUUACAUGAGAAGUUUGACGUUUGUCCCGUAGCCUGAAGCAGACGGAUAUAACGUGUUUGACGAAUCAAACCUCCCCGGGGGGUACUCCCUAUGAUGGCCCAUACGGGGAGUCUCCACCCGUGUACCUUUUUCAGGCUUCAGGUAUAUAAAAGGGUGGGGAUUUCACUAGCUGAAGUAUAUCAAAGGGUAGGGAAAUCUGUUAUUUGGGUCUGUGAAGGGGCCUAACAGGGCUAACGGAUGAAUUUUGUGGCUUUAUAAAGUGGAGAAAACUUUCUAUUUUUGUGAUUGAUUCCUAUUUAAAAGACAGUGCAUUUACAGCAGUUAAAAGGGAUGCCAUGUUUUAAACAAGGUGUGUGAAAGGGGUACCAUUCGUCAAUAGAACGGUAUACCAAAGGGGUACCUUUUUCGUGAAAAAUGGUAUAUAAAAGGGUAAGGGGCUGGAUAUUGGGGCGGAGUCUCGUCGUAAAAACAUUUAUUGAGUACCCCCCGGGAUCCAAACUUAUUUAGACGAACUUAACUGGGCCAGACGUCGAACUUUCCAUGAUCUAAAGACACUAAGUUUGGUUCGUCCCAUGAAAAGGUCGAGGUUUCGCCCAAGCCUUCUCAGGUAAAUUAAGGCAUGGGUCAACAGCCAUUUUACUGUAAAAAUGAGGGGGGUGGUCUAUAAUAUGAAUGGUUUAUCAUGAAGCAGAAAAUACCAAAAAAUAUUACACAACACCAAAAUUGAUGCUUUAAAACAAACCAAAAUUAUGCAAAUUAGGUCACGUGACCUCACAGCUCCUCAAAGUUUUAAAAUAUCUUUAAGAAAAAAUGGGCACACCAAGGUUAUCUUACUUAAUUUACUUAAGAAGAUACAAAAUAUAAGCCGCUACAAAAAAACUUUGAACUUUCAAAUAUCUCGUCUAUUUUGAAAAUAAACGGGUUUUUCGACUAGUACCCAGUCUCCCAAUACAAAUGUAUCAUUUUAACAUGCCUUUCCUUUGAAAAAAUCUUGACAUUGCCAAGCGCAGAAAUGACAUACUUAACGGCCUUAAAAUUAUGAAGCUAGUAGAAAAAUGAGGGAAACAAGAAAAUGUUUGCCCAUUUAAGUUCAAGGAGUAUUUGGGCGUGGCGUGUCACGUGACCUUAUUUGCAUAAUUGGAGCAUACCAAAUAGAUAAAAACUACCCGUUUAUGUGUCUGACAAGUUUUCAGCUUGCCACUGCUAAUGUAUCGAAAGAUAGACCACCCCCCUACUUUUUGACUUAACACCUGGGGACCCAUGCCUUAAUUACCUUGAGUUAGAGAUAGUAAUACAGAAAAACAUGAAAGCGACGUAAUCUUAUUUGCAGUAUAUAACAACAGGUUAGUUCAGGCUGUUUAAAUUUUGAGCCCAGGUUGAGCUGCAAUUUGAACAAAUACGGUUUAAAAGAUUGGGUGAUCGAGGUGGAGUGGUUUUGCAACUCCUUGAAACUUCCCCUUUGUACGCCUCUAAGCAACAACGACUGCAACGGCUACGAAAACGUUACUUAAAAGUGAAGUCGCGCUACUUCAAACUUUUUCGCGCCUUUUCCAUCUCGUACAGGUCGUCAAAUGCUGGAAUUUUUUUUGUAGAGUUGAAUUCUAGAAGACUGCUCGGAGUUCAGGAAAACGAAAAAGAAAGUAGUUGCCUUGUGUUCACGUCCUCCACAAAACGUGAAAUUAGGCAGUUUCACGUCGUGGUCCUACAGUGACGGCAAAGAAGGGUACAAAACGCGUGUUGCACGUGCAGAGUUGCUGUUUUGCCAAUCUAAACCUAUUGCUGUUUUGCCGUUCUCGUUAGCCUGCAGUGCAGGCGUAUUUUGGGCGGGCCAAAUUGUUGUCAACAUGGUGCUUUCGUGAGCAAAACAUUCGCGCGCCCGAAGAAAACGUUUGCACUGCGGGCUACAUUCUCGUUGAUGUUACCGUCUUCGUUGCUGAAGCUCCCUUAUUAUAAUAAACUGAUCUCGACAACUUUUUCAAAGCGUUCAUUCCAACCUCGUCCCCAGGGCUUUUCCCUCAAAAAAUGGGUGGGGCCCACCCAUUUUUUGAGGGAAAAGCCCCGGGGACGAGGUUGCGUUCAUUCAAACAAUCUGAUCAAAACAUGGGUGCUAACAGGUGCAAAAAAAUAAAGCAUUGCCGUAAAUUCUCGAAUUUGCGCGCUAAUUGGAACUGGAGCACUUAUUUCGUUUAUAAAUUUUUGGCCUCAAAAUGACACUAUCAGUCUAUAUAACCCAAACUGAAACACAUCAAAAUUCAAAAACACGUUAUAGCAAACGUUAUGGAGUAGCAAGCUAGUUGGACAUGCUACCAGAGAACUUUCCUUCCUCGUGUUUACAUUUAUACAAGCUCGUAAAGGUACCGUGUUUUUUCGAAUAAGCGCCCAACCUCGAAUUAGCGCCCACCUCGAUAGCCUGUUCCAGGCGUUCCCAUCCGGUACAGGCAAAAAAAAGUUAAAAGCGAGCUACUUUUCAUCCCUUUCUUUACUUCGCAACGCUCUCCACUAUCUGAACGCUUGGAACAGGCUACCACCUCGAAUUCGCUCCCAUCAAAGCCUCAAAUAAGCCCCCUCCUCCUCCCAAUCAAACUCAAAUAAGCGCUCACCCUCACCCCACCCAUUUGGGUGAAUAAGUUCUAAUAAGAGACUUCCCCUAGGACGGAGUUCUCUUCAGAGUAUUUUACAGAAACCUUGCUUUGUUACUUCUUCGCGUUUUGUUAUUAGCAUUUAUUGUUUUUUUUUUUGCAAAAUACACAUACUUCACUUGCUGAAAAUGGUGAAAAUUUAAUAAGCGCUCAGCCUCGAAUAAGCGCCCACUCUCGAGGUCCAAAAAUUUAAUAAGCGCCCAGGGUGGUUAAUCGAAUAAAUACUGUAAUAAGGCGCUGGUUGAAGUCAAUGUAAGCAGGAAACUUUAAAAUGGCCUCUUGUAAUUCCAGGAACUUUUAAGGUAGAAACAAAGAAGCCGACGUUUGGGAGCAAAGUUUUACGAGGAACUUAAUAAAGUGAAGCACUUUUGUGCUCACAUGGAUAUUUCGUCUAUCGAGGAGAUGAGAAGCAAACCCGUACGACUUUGAAGGAAAUUAAUUUUGUACUAUUUCGAAUGUCACAUUCAUUAAAAGUACCCUUUACGUCUCUUAUAUCGUACUGAGUACUGAACCUCGUUUUUUCUAGUGGGGGAAGGGGGGGCUCAUUUGAAGGGUGCGCUUAUUCCAAAUUUUAAGCCUUUAGGAGUCGAGGGGCGCUAAUUCGAAGCGUUGCAAUUAUUUGAAGCUGGGCGCUAAUUCGAGCAUUUACGGUAAUAAAUAAUGUAAUCGCGUGCCAACAGCCUGCUUAACAGGCGCAUCAAGCUAGGAAUGCGGAAAAAGCCGGACGGUUUAGAUCAGUUCAGUCUCGCGCUCGACUCUGGGCUCGACUGCACGUGGGAAGUGAUGUAAACGCCACUUAUGUAGGCAUGCGUGGCGUCGCGUAGCAUCUUAUUGAAAAGAAAGAUACAGUCAAACCUCUCCUUACGGACACCUCUAUAAUAAGGACACCUCUAUAUUACGGACAGUUCGUUUUGUCCCAGAAAUGCCAAAAAUCAUACAUUCCCUACCUCUAUAAUACGGCCACCUCUGUAAAGCGGACACUUAGUUCUGUCCCUUUGGUGUCCGUAUUAAAGAGGUUUGACUGUAUGCCUGAAAACAUGAAUAAAGUUGAAAGAAAUACUUUGUCACUUUGAAUAAUUUGCUGUCAUUUUCAAAGCUCUGUAGCCGGGUCCGACUCUGCGUGCGAGGAACAGUUACAUCCGUCACGAAAGAUUGCGUGACUGUCAAUGCAAAGUGCACAUCAAACAGAUGCCAACACUGUAUUUACAUACAUUUUAACUCUUCUCUGUCUCGUGUCUUCCGGCCAAAAAUCGCCAGACAUGACGCAGGUCGUGCCUCAUUUUUCUGCUGCAAACGUGCCUCAGGAUACCAAUUUUUCCUAUUUGUUAGUGGUUCUGAUUUCAUUUCUAGCUUUCCGUGGGUUAUAUUUCCUCGGUAAAGCUACUUUCACUCUGCCGCCAGGUCUUUCUUCGAAGAAGGAGUGGCUUUAUUUGAAUACUUUGAUCUCUUUCAUUCACGCGUGCAUUUCAUCCGUGUGGUCGAUUUUUUGGUAAGUGAAAAUAACGCCAUUAUAUUUCUUGGUGUUGAUACAUUAAUGCUCAAUUAUUGUCUGUCGUACGUGAGAAUUAUUUGAUAACGCUAACAAAGAAUGUACAAAAUUUACAGUUUCUACCAUAAACCGUCAAUGCUCACUGACCUGAUGAGAUCAGAUCAGUUGAGAUCAGAGUGGAGCUUGCCUUCGACCUGUUUGUUAGCAUUUCUGAUAGGUAAGAAUCGAUUUAUCCUUAUUUUUUUAUGGUUUCACGUGUGGUUUGUUUGCCGAUAUGCAAUGAAGACACAUUUGUCAUCAGGCAUUCAUUACGUAACAUUGAGUAAAUUUCGUGUCUUUAGUAUUUUGCCCGAUCGAAUUUAUUCAUUUUAUUGCCCCAGCUGGAAGCUAUAUGAUAUGUUUUUAUUCAUACAGGAAAGAAAAGGGUUGUAAUAAAUUCGUGCUUCUUCGUAUACAUAUUCAAUUUUAAAUUUGAACGUUGGACCCUACGCCACUUGUACAUCUCCCAUAAUGCACCUUAUUUGCCCCCCAAAAUUUUGCAUAACCUUUGUUUUUCAUUGCAGCCAUCCCAAGAGAAAUUGAAAACAGUGCUUAGGGUAAAUAACUAGGUCACACAUUAUGGGAGAUGUGCAAGUGGCAUAUGUGCCAUGAUUAUAGGUAUCUUGACACAUGUAGCCUCUGGGGGAUGGGGGUAGUUAGCUGGGAAAUUUUAUAUUUGAUGGUAUGUCUUAGUGAGAGCUCUAAAUGUGUAUAUAUUUGUGAAUUUGCCAAUACUAUUAUGUGGAACAUGCUGUAAUUUCACAGUAACGAUAAUGAUUUUAUAGUACUGCAAUGGACGAUUUGUCAUCCCCUAUCAAUUAAUUACUAUAUACUUAUCAAUAUUUUUACCCAGUUCCAAAAAUUUCAUUGAAAAUUAUUGUUAUUAGUAUGUCCUAUUCCUUGUCAGAUUUCCCAAGGCUCUUUAUAUAUUUUGCUUGAUAACACUGAAACCAAUUCUCUUUACACUGUAACACUGUAGAAAAAUGUUGCCUUAAAAUGUUUUACAGUCAAGCCAGGUCAAGCGUACCCUCCAAAAUGCCAUUAAUGAAUUUAUUAUUCAAAAGUUGAAUCCAUUGGCAGUUGUAGAUUUCAGAUUCAUCUCUGAAUUCUUGCAUUUGUAAUGAGCCGUGAAUUCACACGUGAUUCAGUUACGAAAUUUCUACCAGCUCAGUUUCCCUGAAUUUGAUGUAAAUGUCUUCUUAGAAUUUUAAUCCAUUCAAAGAGUUUUAAUCUGAUCAAAUACAGAGAAGUUCUCGUAAAAUAUUCACUGCUCAUUACCCAUGCAGGAAUGCCGAUUUGAAUUUGACACCAGUUACGGGAAUGACAUACGGAUACAUUUUUCAAAUAAUCAAUUCAUUAAUAGAAUCUUGAGGGUACGCUUGACGUGCUUUGACUGUAAAGACUACCAUAUUUCCUUGAAUAAUAGCCUUCCCUCGAUUAAUUACCUCCCUUUACUGGGAAUAUUUAAAAUAAUCGCCUCCCUCACAUACCGGUAAUUGCCCCCCCCGCCCCCCCACCCCUUUCUCCAUCUUCUUUCUCUUAUCCAGCAGAACUGAUCAGUGGGGAUUCAAGCUCUGACGACAAGGGUAUUGACAUUGAAAAUUAAUCAAGGAACCAUAUUUGGAACACAUGAAAAGCCCAUGUUCAGUUUAUUCGAUGUGAAAUUUUUUUUAAUUUUAAAAUAUUUAGGGCAGACUUCCAGUGAACAAUAUAAUUUUGAAAUAAUUGCCUUCCCUCGAAUAACUGCCCCCCUUUGGUGUGAAAAAAAAAAAAAAAUUCCCCUGGCUAUUAUUUGAUGAAAUACAUUAACUGCCAUUCACUACUAUAUCUUGAGACUCACAAUUUCACAAUCUAUGUCUUGCGUUUACGAGUUUACAGCUGAUUUCUCACACUUUCUCACAAGUUGCACUCCAAAUGUUUUUAGACCAAUCUCUAGGGUUCCUUUUAAGUUAGACAGUUAACUCAAUCUGAAGAAAAUGCCUAGCGGUCACAGUUGAUAAGUAAACAAAGUUUACAUUCUUCAGUCAUGUCUUCAGCCAGGAGUGUCCUUCUGCGAACCCCUCCGCGACUUGCCGCUGCCACCAAAUGUAUAGACUCACUGUCAAAAUGAAUCUAAAUCUCUUAUCGAUGGUGUUUUUUAAGUAGCUGCUUUAGCUUUACAAUGAUAAUAAUGUGACUUCAUUAGAGAGAGCACUUCUAAUACUCAUAAUCCCCCCUGGAACUCCCCUUAAAAUAUAUCGGAUCUCACUGGUUUUCCCAGCUCUAAGUUUAAAAUCUCACGAUUUUUGCCUGUCGGGGGUUGGCAAGUCUUGUUUUAAGUACCAUCCCUACUGAAGCUGUAUUUUUGUGAUGUCGUGAUCCACCAUUUUAGGUGUUGGUGAACCGGCAGUGAAGUACUGAAAAUUGCUCUGUGAAUCGUGAUUGAAGCCCAGGAGGGACUCCGCAUAUGAAAGGGGUGGCGAUGCUUGUCGGAAAUUUUGAAUUAAACCCCUAAAGGAGACCGAUCUGGGUGUGGCCCAAGCUUUUUUUGAUCCCCAAAAGAGACCAUGUUAAAACAAGAAAAAUGAGAUUAUAUGAUUAUAUGGAUUAUAUGAAUGGAGUAAAUAAAAUGAAUUAAAAAUAUACAUAUCAAAUGUAUAUUUUUAUAUUUUUUUGUGUGCAACCCUAAACGAGACCUUCACGGCACCCCCCGGGGUGGGGGUUACUUUUGGAAUUUCUGGGUGGGGAUUUGCCAGUGGUACCCUGGAACCCUUAACCUAUACCAGAACUAGUUCAGCUGAAUUUUGCUACCCUAUACUAGAGUAAACUCCCCAAAUCCCCCUAUCCUAGAGUAGCUGAUUUCUAGAAACUACUUAGGUCACUAGCACAGUCUAGCCAAAACAAAACCUUAUACCACAGUCCCUAGUCCAACUGAUCAGUUUCCUGAAAAAUGAUACCCUAUUCUAAACCCAAAUGCUCUGAUUUAUAUACCCUAUCCUAGAGUAAACUGCUUGAAAACCAUACCCUUCAGAGCGGCACAUGCCUAUAUAGCCCAUAUAUGGCAGUACCCCCCCGUCGCUCCCCCCCCCCCCCGGUCCCUUCCCCUCUGCUUUAAUCCCAAGGUUCUUUAGCUUUGUACCACGAGACAAUUCAAUCUGGAAGGAAAAAAGAACCCACAUACAUAUUGUAAACUAGUAUUUAACACUGAAAACACUUCAGUCUCAAUGGCAGAUGUAAGGGAGGGAACGGGGAGCUGCCAGGGCUCAGGUCCAAGCCACCUGCAGUUAUGUUUAGGCCAGACUGAAGUUUUCUGGGCUGGGAAUCAAUGUUUUUGAGACUUCCCCCCUUAUCUUAGAGCCUGGAUCAGGGCGUCAGCUUGGGCAAACCUCAUAAUUUCCCAGAGUCCUCUCUUAGGACUCUCAGGGAGGGAGGGAGAGCUCCCAGGUAAUGAAGUUGGCUAGGGUCCUUUCAUAAAGCAACCAUAUUUUUUUUACGUCUAUAACUCGUGAUAGUAAUAACUGAUAAACUUGAGGUCGACGGGGUGCUCAUUUUACAUACCCCCCCACCUCUCUUUAUCAAUGCUCCGUUUUAAGCUUUUUUAAAGCUAGUCAAAGCUACACAGAAAAGAGAGAAGUUAAAACAAGGAUGUGAUCAUGCAUCACUGGGGAUCGAACUCGGGACCUCGCUCACCGAAGGCCAUGCACUAACCAACUGUGCCACCCUUGCUCCUGUAAAUGCUCUCAUGUAUUGAUGCCAUCAGUUGCUUUGUGGUCAGCUUUACUGAGCGUGGAAAUUUUUAAGCAAUGUUUUGGGCAAGGAUAGCAGUCCAUAAUUGCCUGCUAUCAAAUCUGGAAUAACUUGUGGGCAAAAUAGACAGUUAAGAAAUGAAAUGUCACUCAGGAUAAGGCUAAUUAGUUUGCUUCACUAUUUGAUUGUAAUGUUAUAGGUUACACUGCGCAUGAUACAUGGGAUAUUGUAGUAAAUGACUUCAAAGGAUCACCUGGACUUGUCGUUCAUCAUAUCGUGGUAAGUACACACUUAAUAAGGUAGGGAGCGGAAUCCUGUAUGGAGUGGGUAGUAACAGUGGAUUGCAGCCCUGAGUCGAGGGAGGUUGAAACAGAUGCUAGAAAAGUUAGUCAUUCGCUUGACCAUCUUUACCUUUUCUAUUUAACAGCCAAUAGAGUACUAAAGUGUGACGUCAUAAAAAUGAAAUUUCUGAAAUUAUGGGAUUUGUCAGGAUAUUCUGAAAGAACAAUGUCCAAGAGGCCUACUUGCCAAAAAUGAGCAUUUCGGGGCAAAUUGUCUCUGAGAUCGUAGCACAGUUAUGCUUAAAAAACUCCAUACAAACCCUUCUAAAUUUUUUUGGGUCGACCCCCCAAAAAAUUAGCAGCGUUUGUAUGGAUGUAUUUUAUGAUUGUAUGUUAACAUUGGGGUUUUUAAAAACUCCAUACAAACCCUUCUAAGUUUUUUCAGAAAAAAUUAGCAGGGUUUGUAUGGAAAUGCUCAUUUUUGCUAACAUCUCAGAGACAAUUUGCCCUGAAAUGCUCAUUUUUGGUAAGUAGGCCUCUUGGACAUUGUUCUUUCAGAAUAUCCUGACAAAUCCCAUAAUUUCAGAAAUUUCAUUUUUAUGACGUCAUCACUUUAGUACUCUAUUGUUGGUUUGGUUAGUUAAGAAGUGUCAGUUAAGUUUUUGUUGAUCUUUUCGCACGUAGGCCUUUAUUAAGUAUGUUUCGCAUUUGCAUUUUGCUGCUUUCAUCUUUUAAGGGACAUUAUUACAGUCAUCCUUCUCUAAGAAAGACAUUUCCGCGGGAUACCUGGGAACGGCACUAGGCUUCCGUCUUAGGGAAGUGUUGGCCUUGUGGGGAGUCACUAAAGAUGAAAUGCAAAUGUUAACGGAAGGAAAUACAUGUGUGAAUUACCGUAACGCAAAUAGAAACGAAAGAAGAUUCGUGUGUGAACCACCGUAACGCAAAGUGUAAAUGCAAGGAAAUGCAUCUCAAUGGGAACUACCUUUUGCGCAACUGCCAGUGCAAACGCAGCGUAAGCACCGACGCGAGAAAUGGAAUGAUUUUCAUUUCCUUUCACUUUCAUUUGCGUUAGCAUUUUACACGUGCGAAUUGGGGCAACGCAAACGCCAAUUUAAACGCAGGUUAAAGUUUCUCAGUUUCUCUUUUCGUUUGCUGAUGCAUUUGAAAAAGUUAGAGAGGUGGGAUAAUCGCGCUGAAAUUUCACCUAAAACCUUUUGCCGAAAUUGACCGAGACGUCCUUUGAGAAAUUUUGAGAAAUGCCACGCUUGGCAAAAUCGAGCAGUGAAAAAACGAGAUAGCAGCGCAAUCCCCAAAAGGAAUUCCUGCUCGUAGGCUACGAUUUAGUGCAGGCCUGUCACUAAGAUUUCAAGUUGCCGGGUAAAUACAACAGGAAGGCGGGGAAAAAUACAGCUACGCAUUUCCUCUGUUUCACUUUUCUUCCAUUUUUAAAACAUGUAGCUCGGGUCACUUUCAUGGUAACCGGAUGAAAUUCCGAGGCUCCUGGCCUUUAAUGACAGCUCAGAAUUGCGUGUUUAAUAGAAAAGUAGAUAUUACACGAACAGUGUUCUCUUUUCCUCCUUUUCAGAUUAUUUCAGUCACAAUAUUCGUCCUACACACCAAGCAGUACCUUGCAAUAGCGACUUGCUUAUGCUUUGUGGAAAUCAAUAGUGUUUUCUUACAUCUACGAAGAUUGAUGAGGUUUCAUGGCUGGAACAGCUCCGAUUUGGCCUACAAGCUUAAUUGUGGCGUUCUGUUUAUAACAUUUAUUGCGCUAAGAUUCAUUUUUCUGCUCUGUUUGAGUGCUUAUUUUAUUUCAAAGAGACAAAAAAUGCCUUUAUCCCAUUUUCUUCUUGGAACAUUUGGUUUCGCCGCGCUGAUUAUCAUCAACUUAAUUUUGUUUCCACGUUUGUGGAGAAGUGAGUUUGUGAUCAAGAAAUCACAGAGCAACGGUCACAUGAAUGGUUUUGUUGCUGAGAAGGUUAAUUAGAAACAUUAUCAAUUGAUUGUUCUUGUCUCAUUCAAAGAUACCUACCUACUUAAAUUAUUACAAGAAUAGUAUGAUCCCUUUCUGUUAUUUAAUGGUUUAACUCACGCCUUGGUCGUAGAAUGAAUGAAAAAUUGUCCGUAUUUAUACCAGAGGACGUUACAGACUUGACGAAUUAAACGUCUGGCUAGCUUGCGUAGCUGGUGCCGUUUUUUUUUUUGGGGGGGGGCGUAGGGGGUGAAAGGAGGGAGGAAGGGGGUGAGGGAAGAAAAGGAGAGGAGGCUUCCUCUCCCCUUCGCUUGUUCUUCUCGGGCGCCCUAUAAAAACCUAACCGGCGCCUGCCACGAAGGCUAUCGUCUGGCUUAAGUGCGGCGUUAAGCACGACCCUCUUACUUCUAGACCAUGUUGUGCGAGAUUAUUUAUCGCUCCAACUUAAUAUCUGAGGACGAAACCCUUUGGUGUUACCAUUGAAAUGAAAUCUCCUUGGCAGAACUUUGCCCAACAGUAGUCAUUUCGUAUGAUGUUACAGACAGCAGUAUUAACAGAGUUAGAAGAUUAUCUUAAUUAAACAGCGACGAAGAUGAUUUAAAUAUGCCUUUAAAAGGAAAGAUGAUAUAAAAAUAAUUAAGAGAAAAAUGUUGCUGGUUUGCACUUGACGUCACUGUGGCCAUGUUGGUGGCGACGAACAAGAGCAUUUCUCUACUCUGGGAACUAAACUCCAAUCGCCCGUUUAGAAAAGAGAAGGAAAGUGAGUGACUUUUCGCAAAAACUUUUGGGACUCACACUAGGAAAGGAAAAAAAAUAGCGGACUGGCGCGUCCCCAGUAACAAUCCCAGGGACAAUUUCGGGAUGCAUUUCAACUCCAGUUCUUUCUCAUUUGUAUGGUGGCUAAUUUUCAUGUAAAUUCUUCGGAAAAAAAAUUGUUGUAUUAACCACCAACAUGACCGCCUAAUCACGUGUUUGCAAACCAAGAAUGGUGUAAUUUCCAUAAAAUGUUUAAUUGUGCGCAAAUUGUAUGAACACUGCGGUCAGCCAAUGAUCACGAUCGCCAGAGUUUGAAUACUAAGUAUUAGUAAAAUCCAAGUAGUGGUCUAUUAUCAAUGCUGCAUUCUGAUUGGUUGAGCUACUACCAGGUUAUAUGUUAUAGCCCACUAGUAGCGGAAAGCACGGGCUUUUGGGCGGCAAAAUAGGGUUGAAGUUUAGCUUUAACUAGCUAGACUUUUUUUUUAAUUUCGAUAUUUUUGACCAACUAGUUGGAUUUUACUAAAUCAAUUAUUCCUCGAGCCCGAAUGGUCUCUGAGUCAAUAGCCCAUUCAGGCUCGAGGAAUAAUUGUUAAAUAUUUAAUUUGACAGAAUGCCUUAUAAAAAAGGUCAAUUCUGGUACCGAAUAUUAAUAAGAAAGAAUUGAAACAAGCCAUGUAUUUCCAUCCACUCGUCGAUGUCGCGAAAAUCGUUGCUAAUGAAUUUUUAGUUAAAUUUGCUAUUUAAGGGUUUGUUCACAUGGAGGUGGAGGACCCCAGGUAGGUGAGGUAACCCGCGGCGGGUCACCCCACCUAUCAUGUAAACGUGAUCAAAUUAAAAUGAGAGAUUAUGUGGACAGGAGGAUUACCCCACCUAAGCGGGUUACCUCACCUACCUUGGGUCCCCCACCUUCAUGUAAACAGGCCCUUAAUUUCCAUUUUUUUUUUAUCGUUGUGCAAAAUUAAUUAUGCUGUUUUAGGAUUUUUCAAAUAUAACGUUUUUUACAGCCCAAAUUAGGGAUGGUUUCUUUAACUGUAUCUCUUGCUGACAGAGUAAACGCAAGAAAGAAAAUAAUCAUAAUCGUAGCCAAAAAAGAAAGAAUGAAUGAAAGAAAAAACGAAUAGACUUGAUGUUCACAGAAUCAAUCAUAAACACGCUUUAUAAAGAUAACGCCCAUAGUUUACAAGAAAACUAUACAUUGUACCCAUUUUAAUAAAGAGUUCCCUUUUGGUCGAAUACGGCAGCCUAUGACCAUUUGUGCAGCGUUUAGUCGAACUUUCAUCACGUUUGCCUUGGUUUAAAGGUACUGCCUUAGCCCUGCAAACGGUUUAACCACGUAAAACGGCGGUCCCGUGUCCGGUAGUAGACAUAAACCGUAUAAGUAGUUUUCUCAAUUACGUGCUAAAUAUAAUACAUUGACACUCAAUUGAAGUGCGUUUCAUUUUUUAUUACUCAGUAACUUGCAUUUCUUUAAAUUUGGAUUUGAAGAAUCUAUCUGUGUUAAUUACACUACACAAUACACAAGUGAAACAUUUUUACUAUGUAUUUUCAAGCUUAGGGUUUUUAUCUCGGCCAAAUUCUGCAUUAAACAAGGAGAGAAACAGUACCACAUUGACCACUACCAUCCCACCCAGCCCAAACACUCCGAACAAGUAACAUGGUAAAUAUUGAUCCUGACCAUGUAAUAUGACAUAUAUUUCCAUAAAGGAGACAGGAAUAAACCGAAAAAUAACGAAAGUGAUGAGUAGAAUUGCCAGAUUGAAGCGGUACAGAAGACUUGAUCGGUCUAUUUGGUGAUAUCGCAUGAUCCUUCUGAGGUGAAGUGGAAUACUGUUUACUUCCAGUAAGAGACAGCCGGUUGGAAAGGCGAGAUACAGUUGCGAGAACGUCGUGAAAGUACACGCCAUGCAGCUCUAUAUGAGAACAUAACAAAUACAGUUUACUAUUAGGAAAGACAUACCACUAGCAUGGGACCAUGGUUGGCAAUGAGGGCAGAAAAAUCGGCAAGCGAGGGACUGGGGAUGGGAAAAUCGCUCAGCUCUUCUCCCCACUGCAGCCGAGCCUGGACCCAGGCUAACAUGUCACAGUACACUGUCGUAGUGAAGUUACAAUUAUUAUAACUGAGUAGCUACUCGAUACAAGGUAUUUGUAGAUUGUCAUAAAGCGUAAACUAACGUCAGUGAAUGAUGAACCUGGCUUACCUUGAGUAACUAAGCUUGUGUACCUACUAAGGUAGGUGCACCAAGUGAAAGGCAAAACGACUAUCCUCUCUUCUUGAACGCGGUCAAAAAAAGAAUUUGUCAACUAUGCGAAAUGAAUUUUUAACUAUCAGUCUGAAUUUUUAUUGCAGGUAUCCCUAUUAAAAAGAAGACUUUACUCUUCUGUUUCAGUUUAAAGCUAUGUGUCGGAAGCAACCAUUCAACUAAAAAUGUUUGAGCAUGCUACCGGUUUUUCUUCGAGAAUGGGACAAUCCUCCUUCCCUAAAACAAAUACACAGGAACUUUCAAAGGUUUCAUUUUGGUGGAGGAAAUCUUACCAUUAAUUCGCCCCACUCGAGGUGUGGGAGGUAAGGGAAAAGAAUGCUUUUCGACAAUCCGUCCGCUGAAAUACUGUUGCUCCGAGUAUUAAUCCUACAGUAGCAUCUUUAGUUGGUUGUGGGAUCGUAGGCAUAAACCAAGAUACAAUGGCUGUAUGAUCCUUUAAGUUGAUCAUGAGGCCAUUAUGCCCAUGAACUAAAGCUGAUACAAGAACGAACGCACAAACAAAAGUUUUUAUUUCCUUCGGCUUGUUCUGGCGCAACGAAAAGGUCGGAAUCAAUGAAAGGAAGGAGGGGAUCCCCGCAGGCCCUUUGCUCUUGUCAGUUCCAUCGAGUUUUCUUCCCAACCGUUCAGCGAGUGGCGCAAAAUAAAGAACAGUAGCACACAUCAGACUAAAGUAGCCUGCCAGAAAGCUCUCCAUUUGGGGAUAUCGUUAAAAGUAGACGCGCGAGAGGCUUGCUCGCGCCUUCUCGCGCGGCUCGCUUCGCUCGCUCAUAUAGGAGAGCUUGCUCGCAGGCUAGACUAGAGGUACGGCAAAACGGGCAAAAAAACCCGUGCAACUUGUUUUGCAACACUGCAGCAAAACGAGUUGAAACGCGAUGUUACGGGGCGCGUUUUACCAGCCACGUUCAAUCCUGUCUCAGCUACAAAUCAGGUUGCGGACAGUAGUUCUACCCCGGGGGGAACUUUAGGAAUUUCUUGGUGGGGAUGUGCCGCUGAUAUCCUGGAGACCUUAACCUAUACCAGAGCUAGUUCAGCUGAAUUUUGCUACCCUAUACUAGAGUAAACUCCCCAAAUCCCCCCUAUCCUAGAGUAGCUGUUUUCCAGACACUACUGAGGUCAGUAGAACAGUAGUCUAGCCAAAACUGAAAACCUUCUACCACAAUCCCUGGUCUAGAUAAGAUCCUCAACCAACUGAUCAGUUUCCUGAAAAAUGAUACCCUAUUCUAGACUCAAACGCUCUGAUUUAUAUACCCUAUCCCAGAGUAAACUGCUUGAAAACCAUACCCUUCACAGCGGCACAUACCUAUGUAGCCCAUAUAUGGCAGUACCCCCCUUCUUGGGAGUUCUACUUUUUGCAACAACAUAUGUACAUGUGGCUCGUCAUUUUCACCGGCGCAAGGCAAACUUGUUUUGCAACAAGAACGUAUAUAACUCUCGUGUAUGGCGUGACUCCCGCGUAAUUUUAACCAAUUAAAAGUUAGUAUUUACGCAAAUUGCAACAACGUGAUUUGUUGCAAGACGGGUUUGAUUCGUGGGUGGUAAAACGCUCAACAUUGCCAUUCAACUAUUUUGGAGCAAUGUUACAAAAGAAGCUGCAGAGUUUUUGUUGUCCAUCAGUUUACCGUAGCUUACCUUACCAGUACAUGAUGGAAUAGGAGACCAGGAGAGUUACGUAAGUCAUGCAAAAGCACGUCAAAAAAAUCGUGGAUAAAAUAGCCUGUGAAACAAAAACAAGUCGCAAUGAAUCCAUCUGUAUAUUCUGUCCCAAGGUUUCAUUUGAAAGUUGUUUCUCUUGGCAUCUCUUCCAGCAGUUUUAGGGCUGCUCGCCACCGAGUACAGGGUUGGCUGAAGCGCGCCACAAGCAGCGAAGUCGCCAAAAAAACUCUGUUACCCAAGGUAAAUAGACUGAAUAGAUGAUCGUUGGUGACAAGCCAAGGGCAGCUAUACAAAGGCUACCAUAGCCUGAUUAGCAGGCGCCGGUUUUUUUUAAGACGAAGGAAGAAAUCUCGAGGACGCGCGAGGGGAGAAAAGGAGAGGUUAAAAAAAGUUAACCGGCGCCUGUAACGCAGGCUAAGGCUACCACAAAAAAAAAAUAACAACAACAAAUCAAACAAACAAACAGACAACAACAACAAACGCGGCAAAAUCACUGUCCCUUAAUGAGAAUUGACAAACCUCUGGGUUUUCACGGUCUGCGAAAAGUGAGUGUCACUAGACACAGCACAUGAAAAGGCUGUGGGAUCCAGGGCAACACCUUUUGCUUAAUUUCAGCCGACCUAGAAGUCGAUCAAAAGGGGGCCUCUGCUAGCAGGGAACGGACUGAAGAGGAUAAAACCGCCUUCAGUGAAUCAUAUCAAUCAAUUACAUAAAUUUGGAUGUUAUUUUACCUGUAUUUUCCAUUGCAUUUGUGCUCAAAUACACCCGUUAAAAAUGCAAAAUGUAAUUUCUAUUCCCAGCAGAGUUGUGUUAUAGUACAGAUUGGAAAGGAGUUACUGCAAAACAAAAAUUUUAUAAACGCCCCAUCCACAAAAUUAAACAGUUUAUUUACCUGCCGAGAAACAAACCACGUAAAAUGAGAGCAUGCUCCACCUGUGAAUCAUAUCAUACACCAUUGCUGGGUCAUCGUAAAAACUGCAGUUGGGGAUCAGAACAAACACAGAAAAAUCACGUUACUUUUUGUUAUAUAGAGGAAAGUACAUGGCCGCGCGGAGAUACGAAAUUUCUCUGCGAGUGUUGAAAUAUUUUUCUAUCGUUUUAUUUUUUCAACACGAGAAGAGAAAUUUCGUAUCUCCAAGCAGCCAUGUAAUGUUCUGUUUAUUAUAUAAACACCAAUGAAAUACCACACCAUUUCACUUUAAUAGUUUUGUUGCUGAGAAAGGCGCGAUUUAUUAUGUAGCCAUAGCAACGGUGAUAUUUCAAGUGUGAAGAUAAAAUGUAAUUUUCACAUGUAAAAAAAUCAUGCUUUUGCGCGAAAGCUCAUCUGGUAUUUCAUUGGUGUUUAUAUAACUAAUAAAUUUAACUGGUCACUGGUGUAUUUUUUAACCAACAUGGCCGACUCCUUGUCACGUGGUUACAAAAUAAGAAUUGUUAGGAUUACAUUAAGACAGAAAUCAAAGAGAAGACUGAAGGAUAGGUUCUCAUAAUCUCCUUCGUUGCCGGCCUUCUCUCCACUGAUCCCUGGUACGGGUAGCCAAGCAAACGAAACGUUAAUGCGAGAGUGGCUCGGUGCUGCACGCGUAACGUAGAGUCCAGUUCAGCUUUUCUCAGUCCAAAAUUUAAGGCAUCACGCUUUUUUGGACUUUUCUUUGCCGUCACUGCACGACUACGACGUGAAAAUGCGUGAUUUCAGGCUAUAUGGAGGACGUAGUAUGGCGCAUUGGCGCUUUUGGUUGUCUCCUUCUCCACACCUUUCUUUUUUUUUUUUUUUUUUUUUUUUUUUUAUAGUAGUGUUAGCUUAUUUCAUUUCAUUAUUUGCUUGUAAUGUAGUGGAGUGAAUCUGUAAUAAAUACGUAAAUAAGCGACGACGAAUUUUUCUUUCUCUUUCUAAACUUGAGUGCGGUCCCCAAGAAAUCAACUCUAGGGAAAUUCGCCUACAAUCAAAUUUUCAGCGGAUUGGAAUAAACGCGACAACGUUUGAAAAAACGCGAAUGCCUUUUCAAGUAGUCUGUGAACAGGCCUUUGGUCGAGGCUAGACCGUCGCCGUCGUCGAUGCUAAAGCUCCCUAAUGUACGUAGCCUGUGCAGCUGGCGGACUGGCAGGAUGGGAUAUGUUUUCUUGGUGGCGAAGCGGCGUGGGAUUUUCAUGAGGGGCGAAGCCUCGAAAUACCCAAUCUUCUCGUGGCGCCGCCGUCAAAACAAUACAGCACUCGCAAAACAAUAAUUGCACUCACCCGCUAAUUCCGCCAGCUACGCAGGCCCGGGGGGGGGGGUACUGCCAUAUAUGGGCUAUAUGGGUAUGUGCCGCUGUGAAGGGUAUGGUUUUCAAGCAGUUUACUCUGGGAUAGGGUAUAUAAAUCAGAGAGUUUGGGUCUAGAAUAGGGUAUCAUUUUUCAGGAAACUGAUCCGUUGGUUGAAGAUUUUAUCUAGACUAGGGAAACAGCUACUCUAGGAUAGGGGGGAUUUGGAGAGUUUACUCUAGUAUAGGGUAGCACAAUUUAGCUGAAUAGCUGAACUAGCUCUGGUAUAGGUUAAGGGUUCCGGCACGUCCCCACCCAGAAAUUCCUAAAGUACCCCCAGGUUACGCAGGCUGUCAAUAAAACAGUGGUUUUCAUUCAUCAAUAGUGAAUAAAUAGUGUGCGAUGUUUUGUUUCAGUUAACAUCUGCCUAACGACAGCACUAUUUUAAAUACAAAUACAAGUCAUACAUGCAACUUACCAGUACAGUACUAGACAUGAUGAGAGACCCGAGUGAACUAGAGAUACCAGAGUGUUAUGGUACAUCCAUUGCUUUCGACUUGAGCUUUGCAGCAGUGAUUUCGGAAUAGGAACAAAACGUCGCACUGCAACAAAACAAAUUCGGAAAAAAACUAGAGAUGGUGUUAUGACGUAAAGAGCUGUCGGUGCUUCUGUUAUGGUAUGCAUGGCAGCGAAGAAGAAGCUUGGAGAACUGUGGCUGGAAAAGAGAUAUGUUGCAUUUGGUGUUUACAGGGUGUUUUGUGUCAGUUUUUUUGUGUCAAAAUCUCCCUGAUUGAUAGAAAGUGAACAGACCUAUCACAUGCGGUAGCUUCCGGCUCAAAUCAAACUUUCCACACAGGUGAUUUGCUACUUGGUUACGUAAUAUGCGCAGCCGGAAUGAUCGAAUUCGACAAGUUUCCAUGAAAUAAAUUGAUAUGCUUAUACAGGUCUGAAAAGGAUUUUUUGCUAUUUCUGAUUUAUUUUUUUAUAUUAAAUGUAAAAGUGUUAUAAUUUUAUGAAAUUCUUUGUCAGUGGCAUUUCAAGAUUAUAACAGUUGUCAUGAAUUUGUAUCAAUUAUAUAUUGCAAAGCCCUUUAGAGUCAUUGGCAAGUUUACACCGGAAAUGGAACGCAGCCGAAGUGCGCGGAAAAUAAGUUUGGGACUGCUGUCAUGACAGUCAAUUGAUCAAUUAUAAUCUCGGGGACUUGGGGGCCCGCUUAUCUAAGAUAAAAGGGGAAUCAGCUUCGAAAAUAAUAUUUCUCGGCCCUGCAGGCUUCAGUUUGGCCAGGAGCUCAUCAGCGGGAGCCUCCAUCUCCCAUACCCUAAAAAUAAGGUGACGAAGGCCCCGGCCCCAUGCCUCCCCCGCCAACCUCGUUCCCAAGUUCUCUCUUUCGCUCCGUAAAACAAACAACAGAAAUGGAAGUUAUCCCUGACACAUUAAAUUCCGACCAGCUACAUGGCCAUGAAACAGCGACAUAGGACAGCAGAAAUGCAAGCUGGCAACAACGACAUGAUGAUGGGUUAAAAAUGUGACAGCGACGAGGAAAAUCGCCAAAUAUUAAUCCAAUAGUAAAAUAGCAACACGACCGCUUCCCCCACCCUCCCCCCCCUCCCCCGCCUAAACCCUGAGAAGGCCUCAUUCACUUCGUGCCAGUAGGAACAAAUACCAGCAAGACAAGACAAGACAAUUUUUUUAUUUGGGGUCUUAUACCACUUCUGGUACAUCGACUGUUUCCCAAAUAAUUUCAAAUUGUAAUCAUUUAUGUUAGGCUAUUUGUUACAUUAUACAUAAAAAGUUAUUACAAAUAACGAGAGUUACAUAUACACAGACACAUAUUUGAUCGACUUUUUGGCUUCCUUCUCGUUUCUUUGAACAUAUGAUUCGCUAUCAAUUUUUUGGUUUUCAGACUUCUCGUUAGGGAGAUUUAUUAAAAACAUGAAUAUUUCAUUUGGUGACAUUUUGUUCACUUCUAUAGGAUGUUCAUUUUUUAAGUUAUCGAAUACGGUGACAACGUUUCUUUUUUCCUGGUAAGCAGGGCGUACAGUUUCGAUACAGUCAUAUUCCAUUUACAUUUCAUUUCCAGUUAUAUUCCAUUUCCUCCAUUUCUAGUUUACAAUUUGGACAUACUCUUUUUUCAGGUUUUUAUAAGGUCUUAAGUAUCGGCCCCGUUUCUAUGGCGAGUUUGUGGUUGCUUAAUCGCAAUAUUUUGUUAACGUUAUUCUGUGGCGGGUGUUGGUGACCUGGCGAAGGUAAUGCUCACGUUUGUAAUUUUCUAUUGUUUUGAAUAUUCGGUAUGUUCUCAUUUUGCUAUUUUGGUCAGCAUCUCUUCUAAUGUCGUUAUUCAUUUCACUCAAAUGAAAUUCAGAGGUUUCGGAGAGCUACGCCCGUUAAAAAUGCAGCUAAAUUUCCAAACUUCAUUUCAUUAUUAAAUACUGAAUAACAAGUGUCACCAUACAAAAUGUCAGCCAAAAGCCGACGUUUUAUUAAUAUUUGGAAAAUCUUAUCUUUGGCAGGGGAACUUAAAAGUUAAAACCUGUUAAUCCAGCAUACUACAUAGUACAGUGUAAAAUUACGUAUACCCAUAAAGGGGUUUAAUUUCACUAGAAUCAUCGCAAUUAAAUACUUUGUCCUCCUGACAGUUGAAUAGUUAGGCCGGUGGAGAAUACAUGUAUCAUGAUAUCCCCGCUCUGUAAAACGUCUUUUCUUAAAACUCACAAUGAUUUGACAUAUACUAAAAGUAAGGUAAAAGAGUCCGAAGAAACGUCGUAGAGCAUAAUCAAACGAACGCGAAGCAAUUAAGGGCAACUAAGACAAUUAAGGUCUCGGUAAAGGAAAACGAGGUGCCCACAGAAAAAAAUUCUAGUCGCGCGAGUAUUUUCGCUACAAAGGCAAGUUACAUAUCAAAUUAAAGCUAAAAGACUAAAUUACCUUAUAAAAGAUUUUAUUUCAUCGAAUUUCAAAAGGUGCUUAAGUUUUUUGUUCUCGAACUCAGAGGUAUCGAGUUUACUGCUGAAGCUCCAGCCCUUUCGCGUUGUUAAAUAUUCACUUCCUUUUUAUUGCAUCUGAUUGACAGAUAAAAGACCUAAAAAAGGGUGUGAGGAAAUUUGCAGAUGUCUCGUAUUAGCGGAAUUAUUGCAUUUCAAACUAAAAGGUCGAAUCUCGAGCGCGAUUUACGCAAAGAAACUGACGUAAAAUGAGUUACAAAGGGAAAUCGGAAAAUUCCUCACACCCUUUUUGAGUCUAUAUCAUUAUCCAUCAUAUCUGAAAGUUUCAAAGCGAUAGCUUAAAACCUGUCCCGACUGGAGGUCGGAGAAUUUUGAUUUUUGCGUCUAAAAUAGAGUGAGAGAAAAUCAGCUCUAAAGAUUUAGCGCGAAGUCCACGCUUGGCUGGUUAGCUCAGAAAAGGCUCAUUUUAGAAGGGUUAAAAAGCACUUUCUGAUUUUCUUUUUCUGCCAAAUUAAAAUUUAGGACCCACUCAUGCCAAAAAUCCAAAAAAAACAAAAUCGAGCAAUGUACUAAAAUUUUCAUUUACCGAGACCUUAAGCAAAUGUCAUUUCUGAUAUUCCUUAGAUCGUUCUACAGAUCUCUAUAGGGCGCUUAUAUAGCCAUCGGAGAGUGUAUUAUUUUACAAGAGAGAGGAGCUGAGUAUGAAAGUGUAGACAGAACUGAUGGCGAUGAGUCAAAUUGUUUUUUUCCCCUGAACGUUUUCCACCUCCCCUGCGCAGACUUAAUGUAUCAUUAAUAAAUCAUGUUGAACCGUUUGGCCUGACCGUGAGACUGACCGGACGCUUCAGGUAGCGCUCAGCGUUUUACGCGCGUUUUCGCAUAUGUGUAUUUGUUGUUAGGCUAGUUAAGAUCAGUUUUUUUCUUUGUUGACAAAGUGAAAGCGUUAAGAAGAGAAAACGAUGAUUUAAAGAGACAACUGAAUGAUCUGAAGAAGUAAUACUGUUAGUUAGUUCUCUAGCCAUUGUCGUCAAUUCAGUUAGUUUCUUUAGAUCUCUUGUUUCUUUUAGUUGUAUUCAGUUGUAUUUAUUUCCUGUAGACAUGACCCGCCUAGAUUAGCUUAGCUACUCGUGGCAUGUUAUAAUUGUACCACUACAUGUACUAUCAUUAGUGAGCAGUUCAUAAAUUUGCCGCACAAUAAUACAACCGUUUAGGAAUUCAACGAAAUGGGGUUGAUUGUUAGCUAUGUGUUUUCUUUUCUAGAGAAAAAACCGAAAGCGUUACCUAAUGAGUUUGUUCAGACUGAAUUGCUGGCAAGUGCGGCAAAGGCAGCAUCUCCUUCAUAAUACAACUUGCAGGUGACUCGUACAUUAUUCAUGGUUUGCGUUUCUUAAAAGCCGAAGGGGAAAAAUCAUAAUCCUGGCUGAGAAAUUCGCUGUUUUUAUUAGCACCCAAAAAUAUAGGAACCUUUUUAGCCAAGCAAGAUCAAGCAGGAUCUUUUAUGUGGGUUACAGUUAAAUCAUGAUAAAUAAUUUAACCAAGGAGUGCAACUUUAACUGUUGUUAAUCAUAAGUAUAACAAGGACAUACUGUACCACUACUGUAUGUAAAUUCUGUAAUUAGUUUUGUUAGGGUUAUAAUAAUUGAGCUGUGAAUAAAUACUGUAUAUAAGGACCACAACCAAGUUAUUUUUUUCCUGGCAAUCAACAAUCGAUUAUCCGACUUUUCUCCCUCAUAGAAAUUUUAAUUUAUGAAAAGAACCUAAUUAAGAACCUACGUUGCAAAAUUGCCAAUAAGUACCCCGAAAUAUAAGAACUUAUCCGAAGUUGUCAGACUUCAACAGUAAAGUAGGUUUUUAUUCGCAAGCGCUUACUGUAUUUCAGUAUAAGGUCACGUUCUUUCUAAUAAUUCCAUGCCUGCCAAAACGCUAAACAAAGCUGGGGCUUGCGAAAAGCCACACAGUAAAGACUCCGUUCGAUUGUUGCUAAACAAACAAUGCAGCAAAGAGUUUAUAAAAUUAUGUUUUUUAUUCAGGAUUUAAAUAAGUAAAUUUAAACCCUAAUUUUUCCAUGCGCCUGCUACACACGUUAAUUUAGUCAAACAAAAGUCCAUCUUUUAAUGAAAAAUAGAGGCACUGAGGUAAAAGGAUGCCCAAGUUUUAUAACUGAUGAAAUUUUGUUUCUUUUUUAUACCUUUUAAAUGUAAACCUAGCGGUGGUGUAUUAUUUAACAUAUAAAUUGCAGUAUUGCUCUUCGGAUGUUAGUAAGAAAAGCGCCACAAUUGAAAUAGCCAAUCAGAAAGUUUAUGUAAUAUUUGAGAGAAGGCCAAACCUUUCAAGUAAAAAACAGAAAGCAAAUAUAGCUCUUGGUUGUUUGAUUAUGGUGUAUAUUAGUGGCAAAGUUCAUUACGGAUCUCCAGUCAUCACUUUUAAUUACCACUCAUUUGUCUUUCAUUCAGCAUAGAGAUUUGCUAGGUGUUGACUCAAGGUGCGGGAGGGGCUUACGUAAGAGAGUAAAAUACGACAUGGAAGUUUUAAAAAGAAAAGUAUGUAUGAUAUGUAUCCACAGUUGGAUGAGAUUUAAUGUGGACAAUUAGCAGAUAUAGGCAUUAGCAGCCAUCUUAAGGAUGCAUUUUUGCAUUUGGGCGGCCAAAGUCAAAAAAUGACUAAAGGUGGGAUGAUUUCAAAUUACUUACCGAAAAGAAAAAAGUAAAUACUGGGAAGUUAAAAUUGGCAAACAUGAUUGACAGCUUGACACCACUGAGCAUAAGUCGUUUCCCUGCCUUAGGUGUGCUUGGGUUCUGAAGAAGAGCUACAAUGAUGGAUAUCAAUCUUAACAAUCGCAGUCUCUUUUUAACCAUCGUGGAAGUCAGCUCGCUUGUUAUCUUAAAUGCUCUUUCGUUGUCAGGAAACAGCUUGGUUUGUAUUUCAGUGUACAAGAGCACAAGGCUUCGUACAACAACAAACCUUUAUAUUAUCGCAUUGGCUCUGAGCGAUUUGAUUUCAGCUGUGUUUGUAAUGCCUCUUGUAGUCGGUGUGCUUGCAACAAGCGAUUGGGUUUACGGGCGAGUAAUUUGUGACCUACAUGGUUUCUUCACUAGCUUUGUAGUUUACGUUUCACCUGUAACUAUGGGCUUAACAGCUUUUAACAGGUACAUGAGAAUUUGCAAGUCGGACGAGCAAUAUAGGAAAUUCUUUACACCGAGGAAGUCACGCGCAUGGCUGGCUUGUGUAUGGAUCCUCGUUGCUUUAUAUUCUGCUUUACCGAAGUUAGCUGGUCUCCAAGGUUAUAUGUUCGUUCCAGGUUACGCCCUUUGUGGCCCAGCUCAUCUAAGCGAAGCUGGGAAAAUGACCCACUAUGCCAUUGUGCUCUGUUUGUUCCUUUUAACACCGUUAGCAACAACAAUAUUCAGCUACAUAAAAGUUGCAAAGACAAUCCAACAGCACAAUGCGGAUGCAUCGUCUACGAUCCACAGUGAUGAAGUGAACAGAGGCAUGAUCUCCACCCGCGAGAUCAAGCUCAGCAAAUCUCUCUUCGCUGUCGUUUUCGCAUUUAUGAUAUGCUGGAUCCCAUUUUGGGUAAUCGUUAUUUUAAAGCGCUUUCAUCUCGUCGCAACGAUGCCACGAAAUUUGGAGCUAUUCUGCAUGUUUUUCCUUUACUUGUCCAACACAAUAAAUCCGUUUAUCUACGCAGGGAUGAAUCCCGUGUUUAAGAGAGAAUUCCGUAAAUUAAUCUGUUGUGAACAACGACAUAAUGGUGUGGGUGUAUCUGGUGGAGGCAAAUCAGAGACUGAAGAGGGCAUGAGGAGGCGGAUCGAAACGUACAACAGCGUUGACAUUAACAAGCGACUGAUACUACGCCCGGCUAAAACGGAAACUUAGUGCACUUUCGUAAUUUUUGAGUAGCACUCACGCAGCCACAAAUGCAAAAACACACUUAUAGCACUGCGCUAAAAUGUAAGGAGAGAUUUUCCAUGAAUUCUUUAUUUUCCUCGAAUUUCGUAUAUAGCUUUCAAGUGUUCGCUUUGACGUUGUUCUUAGUAAUUCAUACUGAAUUUGUAUAAAGAGGUUUUAGCUCCGCAAAAAGGCUCCUGCGGCGGUGCCAUUUUAUUGUACCUGUUUGAUUACUUAUUAGUGUUCGUUAACGCAAUAAUUCUAGAAAAAGCCAACAGUGUUUACAGCUCUCAAAACUAUUUGUCACUGACGCUUUUUCACUGGACACGUUUUACUUCAAUUGUUGACUUUUAGGAAAAAAAUCAUUAGUUUUCAGAAUAAUGGCUUUUAACUUAGUUUAUCUUUUAAUUCAAGCUUUCUUUCUAUUCUGCACCACAUCUGUUCACAUUAGCACCUUUUUACAGAUGUACCUCGUUUUAAUUGCAUUUUACCUAUAUGUAUUUGCGAAUAUAACGUUCAUUAGUCUGUUGGUUAAAUAGUGGCAACAACUAAAUUUGAAAUAUGAAAGGUUUUACUGACUUGCAAAUUCGAAAUGUAUUUGCUUUGCUUUAAAACUAGGAAACUAGUACUUAGUCUGCGUUUCUUCCUGCUUGAACAGACCUUAGCUAGCCUUGUAAUUUCAUCAGGGACCGCGCAGGUGGUGGGGCUGGGAAGGCUUUAGCCUUUAGAACAUUGAAUGUUCAACUGGAAAUAUUUAAGGUGUUGAUGAAGGAAGGAGAAUUUACCUGUUUUGAUGACAUUUUAGCCAAGAUCAAGCAGCUUUCUGACGCCGAAAAUUGUAUGAUAACUGAAAUCAUAACCCUAUGUAAACUUCUUCUUGUAAAUCCAGCAACCAGUGCAGCAGGGGAGAGAUCCUUUUCUUCUGCUCGGAUACUGAAAACGUGGCUACGCUCGACGAUGACACAAACAAGAUUUAGCAAUCUGACAAUACUUAAUACCCACAAGCAGAGAACACACAAACUUUGUCUUAUAGUUGUUGCCAAUGAGUUUGCAGCUCUCAAUGAAAAUCGAAAAAGUAACUUUGGCACCUUCAAAGAAUCCGACUUAAAAGAGUCUUAAAAAUGUCCUUGUGACACUCAUCCGUUGCGUCUGUUGGGUUUAGCUUAGAGGUUAGUCUAUUCAUUUAAAUUUGGCCAAACGUGAAGGCCAGUUUGUUACUCGUUGUUUUAUAAGAAUUAAAAAUUAACUUCACUUUUGGCAGUUUUAGAUCCAUUUCUAGCCAUUUCAGAAGACUUCAAUUUCAAAUUUUCCCGGGGGAGCAUGCCCCCGGAGCCUCCUAGUUGGCUUACGCUAACGCGUUCGCAUUAGCCCCCCUACUUGAAAAUUCAUUUUGGCAUACUGGAAACAUACGUACGUCAAAGAUUGACGGAAAUUGUUUUUUUAUCCCAACUAUGGAGUUUGUGUACAUGAUCAACAGUUAGAAUGUUUAUUAAAUUUAAGAAAAGCAGAGAGAGCACUGGGUAGGAAAGAAGAUGAUCCUUAUCAAAUGAUUAUGUUGGGUUUGAAUUUUUUUUAAAUAUGAUAAAUCUAAACGUCAACUGAGGUUUUGAACAAAACAAACGAAACUGCAACUUAAACGUCAUAUCUCAGCUGUCCUCACAUAUAACAUUGUCAUACAAAGUCAAUGAUUCACGUCAUAAACGACCGUCAAAUAGCAAAGUACGUGUGUGGAACUGACCAGAUGGUGGAAUUUUAUACUGCACUUUACUCACUUUAUAUAAUGUAGACGAUUUAAAAUAAGCUACACUUAACAGUUUUGUAGCCUGUUAACAGGCCUUCGUUUUGCCAAGCAGCAAUGCCAUACGAAAUGUAUGGAUAUGUCAGGUUAUAAUAAUAAAGCUGCUUCAACUCUAAUAGGGUAGAAUCAGAAGAACAUGAUGAAGUUUGUAAAAUAUACCAGUAUUUCGUGAUAAUAUAGAGCAAACAAAUGAGCCGUGAUAUUUCCAAGAUAACUGGUCAUCAAUAAAAACACUCAUCUCUUUGUUCAAUUGGAAAGUUUGUGUUUUUGCUGUUUGAUAAAGUUACUUUGAACGGCGAGGUUUUUUCGGAGACUUGAUAAUCAUAAAAUUUGUUUUUGUAAGGUUAAUUGAAACUUUAUUUAGGUCAAAACAGUGUUUUACUUUAAUUAGCUCUUGGUUAAGAGGGCUUUUGAUCGAGACCCCGCCGACUAAGGAUAGUCAAUGUUCUAGCCUGCGAACCGAAGACGUAUUUCCGGUCGUCGGUUUUUCUCGGCGGGUGAAACUAGAGUCGAAAAACCCGAAUGCUCUCGCAGGCUAUCAAUGUUCAGGUUAGAGCCCAAACAUGAGCGUGUCUUCCUAAAAUUUAUAAGUUAAAAAAAAGAUACAGUUUAAGAUUAAAGAUUUAAGAUUACUUGUCGCGUGUUCGGCGAAUUUAGUUGUCUUUUCCAUGGAAACAAUUUUUUCUGCGCCUUGCCCCAUUGCGCUCGUCUGGCGCUUCUCGCUUGCUUUGGGCUCGGUCUUCGUUCGCCUGAAAAACGCGAGAAAAUGGCCCCUGUUAUACAGGGUAUUUCCAUGCAAGCUAACUGUUUACGUUCACAGCCAUGUUUUUGAAAAAUUUGGAGUUUUCAUGUCAAUAAAAUAAAGCUAUUUCGACAGGUGUUCCAACAAAAUGGCAAAUAAACAAGACCAAAACAUUUUAAAGAAAUUAAUAUCAACGGUUUGCCACCCACUAAAAGAUAUCAUUCCUGUUCAGAAGACUUAUGUACAUAAUCUUAGGAAAAAAGGCUGCGUACGCCCGAAAAUUAAUACAGAGCGUUUUAUGAACACCUUUGUAAAUAGGUUGAUUUUUAAGCUCCAUUUAUUGUAAUGAUACACUUUUUUAAUAUAUACAUAUAACGUAGAUAUUUUUAUCAUAGUUUUUAUCUUCUCUUAUUGUAACAUAAGAUAUGUAGUGUUUAUCUUUUGGUGAAAUAAAGACUCAAAGAAAAAUUACCUCCCAGUAAAAUCCCCGGAGGACGGGGGAGUACUCCCUAUAAUGGCCUGUACGGGAAGGCUCCCUCCGAAAGUAGUUCCUUUUAGGUUUCAGUUAUAUGAAAGGGUAGGGAGGUCGGUAGGGAGUAUAUGAAAUGGCCUACACUUGCCACAAGUCGACUUCGUGAGACGGACGCUCGCCAGGCGGAGCGAGCGGACGUAAGCAAGUCUAACCAGCAGAAAACGGAAACGGGCUUUGGGAUUAUCUAGAAAUGAUAGGGAAAUCUCUCUUCUAAAAUGGUAUUUAAAAGGGUUAGGAGCUGGACCGCGGAGCGGAGUCUCCCCGCAAAAACGUUGUUGAGUGUAGCCUGCGAAAACAUCCGUUUCUCCUCCGCGCGAAACGUCCUCAGCGACGAAGAGCGAGGAGAAACGGAUGUUUUCGCAGGCUAUGUUGAGUGUGCACCUCUUCCCUUCCCCUCGGGGUGAACAUGAUGCAGGCUCUUUCUGGUCAGCGGAUACACAAUUGAGUAAACGAAAAAAAGAUGGCGGCGGAUUUCCUCGCGAUUUUUGGAUUUGUUUACCGUUACUAGGAAUCGAUUUGAGGGUUUUGUUCUUUCUAUCUUCUCGUCUUUGAACAUGAAAGCAAAAUUUAAAACUCGACCUGCUGUUGUGGGGAUUUUAUGCCAAUAUGGAUGAAUCGGAAUGUACGGAAAAUGAGCUUUACUCAGCUGGGAAAUUACCAGCUACGCGGGUAUGUCGCUUAUUCAAAAACAAAAACUGUCCUUAGUUUAAUCAAGCUUUCGUAUUAUUACUUGUUUAUUAUGAUUGUUCCCUGUUUGUAUUAGAGUUGGCAAAAACGUUUUAUUAUGUCACAUGUUAACCUCCACAGGCCACAGUUAUAUAUAAGUCAGCAUACUGGCUGUUUAAGAUGAAAUUUAUUAAAGCGACAAUCUAAAUCAUUGUCAUAAAUGUGCUUUGAUUUUAACAAAAGAGGGGUAAAGCUUCUCGCAUGCAAAUAUGUGCUGGAUCUUAACGUUUCUUUAUUUGGACCAUCAAUCCCAGUUUGCAGAACAAAAAUUGUAAGUAAAGGAAUUUGUUCUAGCCGUAAGGACACUAAGAGAAAAGUUACGUGUGGUUAUUUGUAAGGAAGUUAGUUAUUGAAGGUUUAGAUAUAUAAAGCACAAAAUUCAGGAAAAUUACUUAUUAUGAAACAUUUUAGGAUUGGUUACGCCAUGCAAACCAGUCACUCUCCAGGCUGAAAGAAGUCAAGAAGACAUCGUAUCGGCUUGGUGGUGGACCAAGGGAGAGAGAGGUGAACUGUCAUUGUAAUUACAGGAGUAAAAGUAAAAGCAGUUAUUUAAGUUUGGGGCCAGAACCACCACAGCUGGCACUUGACAGUCAGGAGACAGCAAGGUAUGAGUACAUCAGAAACUAUUUUCACUCCGGAUUUCACUUUGAAUCGAGUUUUAUAACCCCCACAAAACAGUAUUAGAAUACUGCUUCUGUGAGGGUCAUAAUAUGAGUACAGUGGUCUACAGUGAAAUAGCAAAAUAGCAGAAUAAUGAACCCCUAUAUAAUGAUACCCUGUAAUAAUGAAUGGCUUUCUUUACCACCAAAUAGUAUACAACUAUCCCUACAUGUAUCUGUAUGGAUAUACGGAGACAAGAAGCAUCAAGGUAUAUGCUGAAUAUUAGGGGAUAGUUGUUUUAGUAUUAAUUGUUACUAAAUCAGUUGGAUAAAGAUUGAAAAAAAAAAUUUUUGCAAGUAAGUGUGUUGUUUAUAUACUUCUCUACCUACCAGUGAAAAUGGAUGAGCUAAAUUUUUGUUGCUCUCUGUUGAUAAAGCUGUUUUGUUUGUUCCAAAAAUUAUUUUUGUCUCCAGAGGCUGUUGCAAAAGGGGUUGCCAAUAACUUGACUCCUGGUCCAAAGCAGUUUAUUACAAUGUAAUUGCCAAAGAUAUUCUGAGUUACAGGAACCGAUUAUAAUAUUAUUAACGUGCAAAAAAUUGCUAUCCACUCAUUUGGUAAACACGUACUCAAGUAAAACACUUGGAACACUUCAGAUACUGAAUUAUUUAUACUGGGAAUCAUUAUUUAUUUGUUAUAUCAGGUACCAUUUCUUGCUGUGCUGUAAGAAAGUAGGAAUUCAAAAAUACUGAUUAAGUUCUGAAGAUAUGAAAUCCCAAGUGUGUUGUACCAGUAUUAUAGUUUUAUAUAACAACAUUUCCUUAUUCACUAUGUUUCUUACCCAAGGGCAAGGGUAUGGUAAGCCUCCUCAAGGGGCAAGCAAGUUAGGCAAGAAAAAGGAAACAAGGCAAAAAUGCCAAGAAGCAGUGAAACGUGCCCUGUUUUUUUCCUUCUACAAAUCAUGGUGCUGUAUUUUGAUUUUAAGCUUUUUUUUUCAAAAACAAGGCAAAUAAUAUUAUUUAUAAUAAUAAAUUAAGACCAGUGGUCCAUUGGACAAUACUUUUAAUGAAAUCAAGGUCAAACUGUUCACUGGCUCACUGUUGUUUUUGUAUUUUAAAUUGAAUUGUUAAACAGUUUGCCAGAUUUGUCCAUACCUGAAAUUGUUAAGCAGUUCAAUGAAAGACAGUCGCAGAAGAAGAAACCAAAGAGAAGACCUCAUUCCUCAUCCAUUUACACUUCAUCAACCAAAAGUGCAGCUAUGGUGGAUGAGAGAAAUGGCAAGAAAACCUCAUACAACUGCAAUACUUUUAUCACAGGUGUUGAAAAAUGCUUAUUACUUUGGUCCUUGUGCCCAGCAUUUUACCAGAAUAGAGGGUUAGGAAAUAGUCAAAAUAUCCUUCAGGUUUAGGUUGCUUGAAAGAUGGUUGACUUUUAAAACCCAAGGUUUCAUAAAAUUAGAAAUAAGCUUUUCUCUUCUUGAAUAGAAACAUAGAGGCUUUUAUAUAUAGAGACCCAGUGAAGUUAUCCUAAAACAGUCCAUAAUGAGAGUAUACUCAAUCAUGGGCUUCAAGUUUGACCCUGGAUUAGUACUUACAAGCAUUGGAGCAACCAUGUUCAGAUUUACAUGUAUAAAUAAUUACCUAACCUCAUCUUUAGCUUGUAAUCUUUAGGUGAUCUACAUGUACUUUGAGCACAGUGCCAUCAUCCUUAAGUUACUCCCAAGUUUUUGCAGUUUUUGUGCAUGAGCACUAGUAUCUGCUUUGGUUGUCCAUAGCAGACAUUUCGUGAGGGUCACCUGAGCAUUAGGGUUGGCUUGGGUUGUGGUGUAUAAGUCAGGGAAAGGGAUCCCGCUUGUUCUUUUUCCUAUGUCCCCACUCACUAUUAUUUUACUUUCUACUCUCCUCAAUCCCCCUUUGCCUUAAUUAAUAAUCAACGAUAGACUAACUACAAGUAGGAAAUACUUGCCUAUAAAAUACACCUGGCCCUAAUUGUUCAAAAGGUGGAUAGCACUAUCCACUGGAUUAAUUUCUAUCCACUGGAUAGUGAUAUUAUUGGUUUCCCUAAUUCUUAACUGCUGGAUAGUAAUUUAUCCGAUGAAUAGUGCUAUCCAGCUUUUGAACAACCGGGGCCUACAUACUAUAUAAGUUACUGAGCUGUAGGAAAAUCCCAAUUCCGUCAGGGCACAUAGCUGGUUGUAAGAUACUCACACCACUUGAGCCUUGCUUUGGUUUGAGCCAAAAUUAAGAUAAUGUUGGAGACAAGGCUUUUAUUAAAUUUCUUCAAUGCCCUCUCCUUUCAGUGAAAGGGCAGACUGUGACACCUCAGGCUCGUCCACCUCAUGGCUGGCUACCAAUUGCCGAUAGCAGAGAAGAUUAUGCAUCUUAUAAAGGUAAAAAGUAUGACUGCAAAAAUAGCCAUGUACACUUGCCGAAAUCACAGUUCAGGGUUCUCACUAAGAUUUAAAGUUGCCAAGUAACUAUUAACAAGUAGACCAACCUUGUUUGGGUAGGAGAGAGAACCUGGGAACGAGGUUACAAGUAGGCAGGGAAUCAGACAGAAAGGGAUUUCUUUUGGUUCAAUUUUUCUUCAAUUAUUGUAUGAAAACAGCCGGGGGAUCACGUUCAUAGAAGCCAGGGGAAAUCCCAGUCCCCCACCCUUAUUGACAGCCCUGCAGUUAAUAACAGAUAAACUAAAACAGAUGUGAUCUGUUUGUUUUUCUUGCAUCACUAAGUCAUUGGUGUCCCAACAAGGUGUUUUUGUACCAUGUGACUGUAAAUACAUGUGGCCCACUCCUCCAGAGUUAUCCUCUACUGCGUCAUAUCUCUUUACAAGAGGUUAUUUUUGUGCACACUUGGGUAAUGCCACUUAAUACUGAGCCCAGAAAUAAUGUGCUUACAUGGGGGUAGUCCCAUCUCUUUGCGUCAUCCCCACAAUCUGAAGACGUGGAACAGUCUAAUGUGGGGGGUUUUCAAGGGGACUUUUCAGGGCUAGUAAAAGAAAUUUCUACUUUGAAUGUACUUUUAAGCGACUUCAUUUGACUUUAUCAUUUAAUAUUAUUCUUUCAUAUUAACCAGUCUGUUCAUUUUUUUGUAUAGGAGUAGUCUAUCUUGAUCAACAACCAGUUGAACACCAAGCGUCCGCGUUAGAAGGACUUCGGAGAUAUUCGGCAGCGUACGGUGAUGACGAAGAUGAUCCGAGUGAUAUUCCGCCCGCUCCUCGAGUCUCACCUGAACCAGGCUCCCCGAGGACAAAUUCACCAGAAUGUAUAGACCCUAUCGAAGAGUCUUUUGGUGAAGAUGAUGACGAUGCCGAGGCAAUCAAUAACUUUUCGGAGACGAAGUCGGUAUCUUCGGCAGGCUGUCGCUCUUUAGUGUUUGCUAUCCCAACAGGGGGAAGUGAGGGUGGGAGCGAUGAGGAAGAGGUCAUUCUAGAUGAUUUUAACCAGGGCAGACUUUCAGCGGAUUACGUAGAGAAAAGUGAAACUUUGCUCGGUGAAUUAGACGAGAAAAAUCAAGCAGAAGCUGCUGAGAUAUCAGACAUGUUCAGAGACAUGGAAAAUGCCAAGGAAAAAAUCAGUAAUCUUCAUAUUAGCCCACGAGACUUAGAACUACAAUCGGCUACAAGCCGCAGUAGUCAGGGAAAUAAUUCUCCUCAUCAAGUCAGCCGGACAACUACCCCUUCGAUUCACCUGGUUAACAUGCAGAUGGAAUACUCGCCAGUCGACCGUGUCUCUGACGUACCUUCUGAUGGUUUGUAUGAGACGUUCUGGGUUGAAGAACCUGUAGAUAGAUACACAACUAAUGUUCUUCCUUCAAGGAAUAGCCGCGUUUGCUCGGCAGGGUACAUGAAUCAACAUGCGAAAAAUACAGCACGGGUUAAAAAACACCAGAGUGAGAACUCCUUGGUGCUGCAAGGUAAAACUAUGGAGUUCUUCAACUCAGAGGACUUAGCAGCGAAGACGAACCUCAGAGACUUGCGAAGAACCUCAGAGCCUCACAGCGGAGCCCCACAGCCUGGUUUAACCAGGCUCGGGUUUACUGGCGAAAAGACUGGCCUGUCUAAGAAGAACGUUGAAAAUCAAAAGGUAAAAUGAUGAAUUCUGUGUAAAAUGAGGCGGUCUAGCAGCGCAAAGAAAAAUAGAGUCAGAGGGCCCCUUGCUGCUCACAGUCACGCAGUCUGUGAGCAAGCUCUCCGGGGCGCUCUGGUGGCGGGGCAGAAAAGGAGGAGCAAAAAAUAUCUCCUUUUUCGCUCCGUCUCCAGAGCGCCCUGGAGAGCCUACACACAGGCUAACAGUCACGCGACCUGUUGUUAAACAGUACAAGAGAUAGAGAGAAAAUGAGGAAAUAAGCUAGAAAACCAACUUUUUAGAUGACUCAUAUAAAAUUAAGAUAUUACGGGUGUUAGACUAUCUGGAAAAUCAUUAGGAUUUGUGAAUAGAAAAAAAAAAUUGCUGGAUCGCAAGGUGUUCCGUCCAGUGACUUUUUCCAUUGAAAUCGUAUGUUUCAAUUCAUCAUAAACUCUUACUGUUAAGUGUUUAAAACUUAAAAAUUGGCAGAGCUACUACAUUUUAUUAUGCCCUUGUUAUAUCUGUGGUAUUGUAGGGUUGUAUCCCAUAAUUCUGGCAAGAGAUUGGUCACUUGACCCCAAACUGCGACAGGCCUAUUCCGGCUUUCUAUGUGAAAGACUUUUGAGACUGGCACUAAGGCCUCUAUUGGAAGAUUUAUGUUUCGUAAGGAAGACCCUAUCUCCAUUAAGUAGGCCUUGUUAGAACAUUGUCGACGUUUGGCCAUUAGUUGGGAACGUUAUAACAACUUGUGUUCUGUAUUGCACCCCUCUCUUUCAACCACAUGCUGUUUGUUUCAAUUUUUUACGUGUUCUUUUGAUCUUUUGUGUCAGGUUUCUACAAAACCUCCGCUACCAAAAUGUAGCUCCACUAAAAACAACGCCAGAAAACAGACUUCGAAGCAAAAGCAUCGAUCUGAUAGGAAGAUGAGUGAGACAGAUGAGCGGCCGUUCAAGCCAUCUUUAAGAAAAUCCAUUUCUGAUGGAAAUAUUCAUCUCUCUGUAACGAACAGUGAAUCGUCAACUAAGAGCAAUGCUUUAAAGAAGUCAGUGACCUUUAGUCAAGAUGUUGUUAGCAAUGGUAGUAAAGAUUUAGACUGCCGUAAAUUAGAUAACUCCGUUAACAUUUCCGAACAAGCAGAAAAUGACAUUGCCAAAGACGAAGCGACAGAAGAAUGUUCGCCCAAUAGUCGUCUGUCAGCUGUGCAUCACGGUGUUGUUAUACAAAACGGCUUGGAAAUGGAAGAAGCGGUCUUGAAUGCUAAAGAAAGCUCUCGUGAUCCAGAUUUAUCUGACCAGUUGUCAGGAGUAGCAGGGCAUUUGCACCGAAAAACUCAAAGUACCAGAGCAAAGAUUUUGUCUAAAAUGAAGGAGAUACCACACGAGGGAGAACCGUGCGCUUGUAGAAGUGUGACCAGGCCUACUACGGCUUUGCUGGAAGAGUCGAAAAGUGGGAGACUGGCGACAAAAGAGGCGCCGUCAAGAAAUGAAAAGCUCUUGGUAUGUGUUUAGGUUCAUGUACGUGUUACUGUCAUAGAACAUAAAGAGUGACUGAGUCCAUCGACUUUGCUCAGCCAUAUUGUGUUGGACAAUUUUUUCAUUUUUUCCUGGGAUUUUUUUCGUAAUAUGGUGGGAAAACAUGAACAACCACCGUACAGUUCUCAACAGUCAACUCUCUCGUAGUGGGCUGACUUAUAUGAGAUGAACACCAAACAAAAAUAGAAAACCAGAAUUGUUCCUGUCGUUGUUGAAUCAUUUUUUUGGCUCUCUGUAAAGUGGACACCUCUUCAUGAUAGACCCUUGGCACUAGUGAGUACCAACGAUGUGCGAGGUAGAGAGAGUACUGUAGACUGUACAUAGCUGGUGGGUGAAAGGAAACAGUGCUUGAUUGUAAACUAGUCUUUUUGUCGUAAAAUGCUUCACACCUUAAAGUAUGCUUUGAGAAGUGGGUGUCAACAAGACGGCAUUUCCUCCACUUUUAACAUGUUAUAAAGCGUUUUCAGUAAAUCACCAAACAUUUUAGUCACUUUUAGCUCAGUAAGAAAAUACUAAUCAAGUAUCAAACUAUGUACAGUUUCUACUUUCAAAAUGAUGAACCGUUUUUUCUCGUUUUAUUGAAGUCAGCCAUUUACCUGAGAAGUCGCCGAAAAAGCGCACCGAAACGGCCUUUUGACCGCAGCAUGAUUAGCUCAUUCGGUAGAGUGCGUGACUGCUCGGCUUGAGGACGUCGGUGCGAACCACGAGUCCAGACCUCUACUCAGGGGUGUAAAAUAACUGAGAAAUGAAGGUAUACUUCCUUUGCUCAGCAGACAGCCAGACCUUUGCGUGGUUCGGAUGACCACGUAAAAUGGCGGUCCCGUCUCCAGUAUAGCCGGAGACGUAUAAAUAGUGUCCUCAAAUACCCCUUGAAAGAAGUAUGUAUUUUACCACUAUUUUAUUUUUCAACAAGGAAAGUCGAAUUGUUGAGUCUUCUUUUCUGUAUAGGUGGAUGCUUUCUUAAUUUAUGAACAACUGCCUGGGCAUUUUGUUUUUCCCAUAAACUUUUUCUGCCUUCUUUGUUUGUCAGUGUGGUAUUUCUUUGUCUUUUUUAGAAAAGUCGUCCAAUUCGACCCAGUUCUGCACCAAUCAAACGGCAAUCAGGGGUGAGCGAAUCGAAAGUUGAAAGACCAAAGUCUCCCCGAAGAAAACCGCGAGCAAUGUCUUCUACAGUACAGGUGUGUGCAAGAAGUAGACCAGUGCAUAAACCUUUCACAAUCGUUGUCACUGCUGAAUAAAUAUAUACUUGUAAAUAAAUAAUUUGAAAAAUGCUUGUUUUUUUUAAGAGAAGGGAAGACCAAAGAACCUGGACAAACAAUUUAGGCUACCUUCACCCGGCAGCACCGCGAGAAUUUUCGACCCGUUGAAAGUUUGCGCGUUUAGGUGUCGCGUUCACACGGAACAACCUCAACCGUACGAAAAUUUAGACGCUUAGAGCGAUUUUCGAAUGACCUUGAAAUGAAAACGCGCGUACAAAACAGAAACUACAAACGAACGGAAAUCGAGCGAUUUGAUUGGUUUAUCGAACGGAUACAAACGCGCGUGGCUUUUGGCUGGUUAAGCGAACGUUCGAGUGAAAAAACGUCAUGCCCGAGAACUUUCUAGAAAUCAAUCGAUACUUCGCUUUGACGUCAUACUGCAACACGAUUGGCCAAUCGAACAAUGCCUUCUCCAUAUUAGGGUUUUCUUUGGCGGGAAAACGAAGAGUCCAUUGGCUGAUAAAGCAAAUAACGAACACUUACCGAAACCAUUUUUCAAGAUCAUACGAAAAUCGCUCUAGCCAUUCAAAGUUCAGUGUGAACCGAGCGAAAAUAUUGAAAGGUCCCGUGUGAACAAAGUGUCCGGUCAAGUUUUCAGCCGGUGGAAAUUUGUCCGGUGCCAUGUGAAUGUAGCUUUAGAGCAAAGGCAGCCCUGCAUAUUCUUGCGAUUUUACAGGUAGAUAUGAGUUUUACUAACCUUACAGUUUGUACUUAAUUCAGUGUGGUGAAUUCAUUGAUGAAGUUUUUUUCUGCUAACUCUGAAAAUGUCAAGAAUGUUUAAAAUGCCAUGUUUUCUAAAGCUGUCUUUGAACUAUCGGUCUCACUUUCCGUAGACGGUGCCAAGACCUACAAGACACUUGCGAUCUUGAAUGGCGGCGCGCCGGGUUGACAGCAAGCAGCCAAACCUUCGUUGCAACUGUCAAAAGAAAAAGAAAAUAAACACACAAACAAACUGUAACAUUAAAUCCCACCUCCCCGCCACAAAAAGUCAAAAUGAAGAGAUUUUAGACCGGAGGAGCCUCGGGAAAUAUUUUUCUAGGAAAAUGAAAGGGCCGCUGUUUCUAGAAAGGUUUUUGUGAUUUAUUGAGAUGCAAGGCGGCAUUUAUCAGCAAUAAACAGUAACUAAACUUUUACUACACGCUAACAGAGAAAGAGGACUGCAUCCGAGGGAGCACACAGUCGCCCCAGACCCUCCUCAGCACACGUGGGCAGAGCGAGGUGAGAAUGUGACUUCGUUAUUUGGCGUCGUUAUUAAUUUAUUUCCAAUUUCACCUUGACGCUUUGCCGUUAGUCAAUUAACCCCUCGUUGACUCGUCUUUUAAAACUCCAACAAAGCCCAGCGCGAUGCACUCAAAGCGUAUUGUCUAGUACGCUGGGUAACAAUGGGAAUGUCACUAAUUGCAGAUUCUCUCCUGGGAAUCUUGUACAAUUCACUUAGCUCAGUUGUAUUUUUUAAUUGUAUAUUAAACUUGUUUUACACUAGCGGUAUUUUGCUGCUAGAAGUCUGCUGUGUGUCAGUAAUGAGUUCCUUGUGUUCACAAUCCCGCAGUCCUAAUGCUAAAGAUGUCCGCCGCAGCCGUGCAGCAGCGCAAGUUCUCAAGGAAGGAUAUCUGUUCAAGGAAAGACCUCCGCCACCGUUACCGCCAGGUCUGUUUUCUGCUUACGGUUUGUUGUUGUUAACACUUGGCAACUAAACGCUUUAUCUUUUAUAAGUACUACAGUUGAAAGUUUGAAAUGCGUAAAAUCCUUUUAUGAAGUGAGUUAAAAAAUCAGAGAGUGUCCCGAGAGGCGAUAUUUAGUAGCACUGAGUCUAGUGAAUAUCUCUUGACGAUUUCAUACACGGACUCGAAGUUAUAUUUUGACUUAAAAAUUCAAUCCACAGAGCACAACUCUAGCACUAUAAUCUCUGCGGAAUAUUUCACAUCAGUCGAUAUAAUUGUUCGAAUGAUAACUGUGAACAGUGUAAGUGCCGUCUACAGCAUAAUACAUGGGAACAAAAGGAAUAACAGUCAAGUGAAAAGUUUUAUGAGAAAUGAUCCAGAGGGGAGCUUUAUCCUCUCUUUGAAAUGAUGUUUCUCUCAUUCAGUGACACGGUCAAAAAAAGAAACUUGUGUUUUCCCAACAGGAGUCGAACCAGUGACUAGUUCAGCUCCUCUACCACCGAACUGCAGGUGACACGUUGGAGCUUAGGCCAGAAAAAAAAAAAGCUCCAACGUGUCUCCACUCAUCUAUGUUACGUCAUAAUAAACAGCAAUAUUCAGUCCACUCUUCAAAUCUGUCCCAAGAUCAAGUUCUCCCUUUAUAAGCACCUGGCCUUGGAUUACGUUAGAUAGUAGUACUGGUCGGUCACGCUUUACGAAAAUGGCUAACUGGCUUGUCUUUUGCCAGUUAGCAUUCUUACCUUUGAUAUAUAUAGUUUGAAUUAUUACGCUAGGAUGUUACGCCCCUUCGCUGCGAACAUUAUCGAGUAUGAGUGAAGAACCGUAGUUACUUUGAUCAUUUGAUACUUAUUUUUUAUGACCUUUUUUUGCAGCUUCGAAAGAACGCCAGCCAAAGAGAGAAGUGAACAGAGUCGAGAAAGAAGAAAACAACAACGAGCGAAACUGCCGCAAUAAGGUAAAAGGCUGGAUAAUUUUGGUUGUGCACUGGCACCCCACCCAGCAAAUUCCUUCCUGCGUUUUGUUUGGAGAAAACUCUGUACCGUUACGAUCUCUAAAAGUAUUUGAGUCAAGCUACAGGGUUGUGUCGUAUUCACGAGACUGAAACCAACUGAAGGAGUUAGUUGAGAGUUGAAUGUUUUGUGUUUGAGAAGCGUGCAUUAUUAAAUAGUAUAACCAGCUCAAUGCCGUUUUCAGUACAAGGCAGUUUGACAUGAGGAAUAUUAAUUUUGUUUAACUUAUUUUUAACUGUUUUAUUCCUCAGAAAAAAGUGACCUUUUAAGAGACUGAAUUGUAAAUUUUUCUUCAACAGUCAGAGCAGAUUUCAAAUAUCUCUUUACAAAUGCGUUAUUCCUAAGGUGGAAUUCUUUUUAUUUCUGAAAGUACAGCUAAACCAUUCCCUGCAGGGUUGUUCGGUUCGUGCCAUAGACUCAUGGUUGUUAAAUAACACGUAUCAAGGAAAACCUGUGUGGAACAUUACACUUUUUACGUUGUUUUGUACCGUUUUACUGUCCGGUUAGAAUACUAAGUAUUUCUUGCACUUAUUCGAUGUCUCAUUUUAAUUAUAUUUGAGAGCACGUGUGCAUUUAACGUGGUGCGCAAAUUAAAAAAGGCCAAAUUGGUUUCGUCAUACCCUAGCGGUAUCUGGUCAGCGGUUAUAUAAUGUGAACGAAAAGGCGUUUUAUUUUUUUCACAUGAAACCGUUAAAAUGAUUUUCAGUUCAGUACUUGGGGCAGUGUGUCACUGGAAGCGUAUAAAUUGUGCGUUUAUUGCCGGCAGCUUUUCCCAGUCUUGUGAGUGGCUGUAUUCUCCGCAUAACACAUAACUUGUUCUGCACAGCGGGAAAACUUCUUUAUUUUCCUUUUUUAGUGAGAUGCGUUGAAAGCUAUUUUUAAAAUGCUUAUUGCCUUAUUUAAAUUUACACUUUUUCAUUGAAGGAAAAAGACGAAGUUGUGGCUUCAGAAGAAUGCCAAGAGGUGUUUGCGCGGCUACAGGAAAAAGGGAUUGAGGUAUCCAUGGAGACAAUUAAACGGUAUGACGACAGCGCCGUUAUCGAUGUGCGCUUUUUUGGCUGGUAAUGUGAAAAUUUUUGUUUAUGAAAACAAAAACUAAAAGACAUCUGUCCCUUGAGAGAAUAUGCAAGUCUAGUGUCCCUAAUAAAAUGUUACUGACUACCAACAUACUGGCCGUUUAUUUAAGGUGGAGAUGUUCGAUACCGUAAAUUACCUAAUAAACGCACAUUCCCAAUAAACGCCCGUUCUAUGCUUUUAAAAUUGUGUUAGAAUCCCCUCUCUAAUAAACGGCACUUGUCUAAUAGACACUCCCUAUGAGAAUUACUACAAAAUUCUAGGAAUUCAGUAGCAAAAAGGAGCAAAAUCAUUCAGUUUCUUGCUUGAUUUGCCAGGGUUUGCGUAUUACAUCUUGUUCUAUGUCAAAUUCAAAGUAAGGAUUAGACUAGUGAUGGCAACACAAUAACCCUGAGCAAAGAUUCUGACAUCGAUGUUGGGAUUUGAAAGAGCGAUAUGGAUCUCUAGACGGUCUAGACGUAUCAAUUGAUGGAGUGGAUAUUACGCUAUUUUUAAACUCUCAUGAUAUUUUUGUCGAAAGCAUAUUAGUUUUGUUGAGCUUGUUACAGUUAUGAGACUUAGACCCCUAAAAUUAAAUUGACACCCCGGCCGUUUAUACGGGUCAUUUACGGUACUUGAAUUGAUCUCUAUAGUCACAGAGAUACUUGCAUCAGUAGGAUGACUCCAACGGAAGGGGAAUGGCAUUCUUAGACUGGAUAGCACUAGGGUUCUACUGCCCUCCAUCGCCACUACCACUAUCACUUAGACGGCCACCAAGCCAAAACCAAUUUCGCUACCAACAACUCCACUGCCAACAUCUUCCUACCACUACCUUCACACCACAACUUCCAUCUAUUGCCACUGCCACCGGCGUUAGCACUGGCGCUAGACUGUACUGUCACUAACACUACCAGCACCACAACUUCCUUUACUGCCACCACUGCCACUACCACUUCUAGUAGGUGGUUUAACUGAGAUGUGUCAACGGCGACAGCAACGAGAACGUCGAUAAAAGUAGUAGGCUCUAUGAGCAAAACAACAGCUGUACACAGGCAUCACACUCUGCCUAAUUUUAUGGAGAACGUCAACAAACGACGACGAAUUUUCCUUUCUCUCUCUGAACUUGGAUAUGGGUCUUAGGAAUUCAUCUCCGAGAGACUUUCUUCAUUUCACCUACAUUUGACAAAGUAACCGAGUUAGAGUAAUCGCGGUGAAGUUUGAAAGAAUUCGAAUUUUUUUCAAAUUUACGUUUGACAUUUUCGCUAGGGUCGGCGUCGCUUGAUCUUAAAGGGAACCUCCACUCUUACUACAGAAUAAGUUUAAAUCGAAUAAAAUUAUGUUGAUAAACAAAUUUGUUCGAAAUUUGUCUUAAAAAAAGUGUUUAUAUCAGGAAAAGUGAAUUUUAAAAUCGCUUAUUUUCACUUUCAAAUUUCGCGGGCGCCGCCAUCUUGAAUAAUUGUGACGUGUUACGGUUGCUCUAUUGUUCUGACACAAAGAGCUUUUGUUUAAUAACAAUAGGGCAACCAUUACAUUAGCCUGCGUUGCAGCCGGCCCACGCACUCGUCUAAACCCUUUGUAUAGUCCGUCUGCGAAUUAGUGCACAAAAGCUCGUUCUAAUAUCCUGCAGAGUCGCAAGGACAUAUGUGAGCGUUUCUGAUAAGCGGGUUUCUUACGGGUUUCUUACGAGCCGCACGAUUGGCCUAAUUUUACGUGUGCGUGACGGUUGGGCGCAGUGACAUGUCAAAAUUCACAGAAGGGAGUUGGCAAGGAUCGUUUACAGUGAACAAUGAAAGGGUAGUUCGAACUUUAGAGCCGUCUUCUGAGCAAAAAAACGCUUUGAGAUAAUUCCUUCAAGGCCAGAAUUUGCUAGUAAAUUUGCCGGCUGGUUUCCCAGCGUCUUCCAAUCGCUGCAGAUGUACUACUGCGUAUUCUGUAAUUUAGCCGACAGUUAUAGAGUCAAAACAAAUGAAGAAAUCAUCACGUUAUUCACGAUAAAAAAAAAAAAAACUACACACAUGUAGCUGUUCAGGUCCAAGCGUUUCGUUGAAAACCAAAGAAACUAAGGUUAUUUAGCCGCAAUAAAGAAGCUUAAGGCUUAAUCAGAGGUAAAAGAACAUCAUUUAUGCAUCUGUGAUCAAAUCGUCUUAGAAAACAUUUGCCAAAAAAUAAACUACUGGAACUAAUUACUCAAUAUGUAUGAAACUGACCAGCUUCACAUCCUCUAAAUGUAGCUAAAGGUGAGACUCAAAGCGGCAAAAAAAAAUUUGCUCAGUCAAAUUGUAGAAUACUCCACGCACUGUAUAAAUUACGCAGAAAGAGAGGAAGAAAAACAUCUGUUGUUCAAGCUACUCUAGGGGUCUCUAAAGUCACGUUUCACACUAUCACGAGCUCAAUCUCUCUGGUCACGAGCUAUGAGUCAUGUUUGGCCUGUCAACGCUUAAUUCAAAUCGGACUAAUCACAAACUGCGAAAGAAAAUAGCCAAUCAAUAACGCCGACAUAUUUCUUUGCGACUCUACGGGAUUCGAACACGAUAUUGUGCACUAAUUCGCAGACGCUAUAUACAGAAGGUUUAGAGCGUCUGCGACGCAGGCUACCAUUACAUGUCACAAUUAUUCAAGAUGUCGACGCCCGCAAAAUUUGAAAACAAAAAUAGGCGAAUCUAAAAGUUAUUUCUUUCGGAUACAAACGCUUUCUUUAAAAAUAUUUUAGUUUGACUUGACUGUAACAGUUAUUUCCUGUGAUUUAAAGUUAUCUUUUUGUUGAAGUGGGGGUUCCCUUUAAUCGGGGACCUUACGAAACUACGACCGCGACGGCAACAAAAACGUCAAAAAAGGAAUAAGUUAAUGAGGAAACCAACAACUCUGCACGUGCAUCACCCUUUUCUGUAAAUUUCUUUGCCGUCCCUGCACAACUACGACUUGAAAUGACCAAAUUUUAAGUUUACUUGAGAGCGGGAAGUGCAAGGUGAUAAAUUCUAGCAUCUCUGUCUGAACUCGGGUGCGGUCCCUUCUCCUCAACUCCAACCUAAAUUCUCUUCUUUUAAGUAACAGGGCGACUUGUGAUAAUCGCGAAAACGUUUGAAAGGAUGCAAAGUCUAUUUUUCAGCGACGUUUUCGUGGAUGUCACCGUUGUCGGAUUGUAAGAUCCCUAAUACGACCAUCACACAAUCUUUCACUUACACUGCCACUACCACUGCUGCUGCCACCAGUGCGACCACUACUAACCAGCGAUCAGGCGUUUGGUAGAGAUAUAAGGAGGCAUGAUCGCAGACUAGACUACUACAAAUUCCACCCCCAUGUCCACCCCUACCACCGCCACCACCACCAGUAGCACCAGUAAUACGACGUACGUCCACUGUCAUCUACUAUUACCGUUGCCACUGUCGGAGCUGCUGUGACCACAGUAUUAAAGCCCUUCAGGCUUUGCAUGCAGAAAACUCCAUUUCUAGUCUAUGUAACUGAAACGAGUGCAUUCCUCACCGAACUAAGAAUUCUUUGUGAGAAACGUGGAUUUCCCAAAUGUUUGAGCACCUCCAGCUUCAAAAAGUUUUUUUUAGUAAACUAAAACUUUAUACUUAUAUGUCUAUCAUACUUCUUGUUUUCUUUUCCUAGAGGUUUGAUGGCCCCGGCGAGGAAAGCAAAUGAUUAUAGUAUGGCCAGUUUCGGUAAAACCUCAGGGUAGGUUGUUGUGUUUAGUAAGGUUGACUGUUAUGUGGUUUUCAUAAUAUCCUUAUGAAUUGAGAAGGACAGUAUUGAUUAGGGACUGGGAAACAACACGACGAUACGCGAAAAUUUUGGGAAACCAUGUUAAGAGGGACUACAGUAUCCUCUAUGACACUGGUUAUCGAAUCUAUAGUCCGCUUAGUUACUACUUGUAAUGAAGCUUGAAUAAGGGUAAGAAGUAGCUGAGAGGAUUAAGGAACGCACUGACGGUUGUGUUGGGUUACAAAUAUACAGUAAAAACCCAGGACAUCUAUUGGCGCUUUUCAUUCAACAAAAAUUCCGGUUUGAAAUUUUGGAAAUUUCACGUGCCCAAUGGACAGGUACAUUCCGGUGGCACAGACCCGUCCCAAGCCACCGCGCGUUUGGUUAUUGUUCUUUGUAAGCAGGAUACAGAUGAGUGGUAUUGGGGACAACAAUUUUGUCAAAUAGCUUCAAAUGGAGAGGGACAUUUCGGUCUGACCACCUUCGCGAUAGUUAUUAACUAACUGGGUCUCCUUCUUCAAUGGUUUUUCUUUCUUCGCAGGCUUCUAAGUCGACCUGAAAACUGGCUACCAGAAGAACACGCUCGUGUGCAGGUUUGGGAUAAUGUCCUAAGUAAGUCUCACAUCCGUUCCUUGAUCUUGUUGACCUGUUAUACUCAUUCAUCCCACAAAGUGGCGUCCUUGUAUGCUAACGUCUUAGCUUACUGUUACACGUACCUUAUUCGUACUUAAUUUCGCGCGUCUUUAAUUUUGCGAUUUUCGCGAUUGUAAAAAAUUCGCGAAAUUUACACACGCGAAAUUAAAUACCAUUGCGACAUUUCAUUUUCAUUCAUUCAAACUGAAACUGACUGACUGAAUCAUUUUGUGUGCGUGAAACUUGCCUUGUCACACAAAGUGCGCUGGGGCAUUGAAGUUUUUUUUUUCUGUUAGCAAUAUUUGCAAAUAUUAUCUUGUAAACUAGAGGGAGCUACAUGCCUAUGAGAAACCAUCUCUUCAUGGUGGGAAGUGGGAUUACAAAGCUGAGAUAUCACCAGUCUGUCCGUGGGGUGGUGAUCCCUUUAACACACUUUAGAUUAAUUUAGAUGUCUAGGAAACCGCCCUCCUACCCCUCCCCUAAGCCAUCAUUUUGCCCUAAGUGAGAAGUAAGUGUUAAUGUCAGCUUAGGGGAGGGGUAGGUGGGUAGUUUCCCCAUUUCUCUGUAAAUUGUGCGCUAAAUUACCCAAAGCGUUCUCUGUAGUAUCUAGUUUCAUUGUAUUUGUUUCAAUCAAAAGUAAGUAACUUGUAUAAAUGAAAGAACGCUCUUUCAAUUCUAUUUCAGAGGGUUCCAAGUGAUGUAUGUGAAACAUGAACAUUAGAUUAAAGCCUCGAAGGAGUAAUUCACUGUUGGAGCACCGUAUUUAUAGUUGACAUUGUAAAUAGAUGUUCGUGAUGGAAAGUGCAUGGAUGCUCCAACUAACUCUUGGUUCUUUUCUUCCCUAGUACAUGUUUCCGAAAUUACGUCUGUCUAAAAUUGUUUUUAGUUGAGCCAAGAACACCCUAAAAACUGUUUAUAGGCGUGCUUUUGUGUCAAAAGAAAGUUGUGUAUUUCUGUAGUUUUUAUUUGGUUAGUUUAAUCCUCUGAAUGAUUUCAGUAGAUAGAAGGUAGGACUAGCAUUUAUGUUAUGUGGAAGUACUGCUGAAAAGAUUUCGUUGGAGAAGAUGCUGAUAGAACAUGAAACUCUCGAAUUUAGCCGGUCUAAAAAAACAGGGCUGCAGGUGGUGAGUCUGAAUAUGGGAUAAAUCGUAUAACUUGCGAAUAUUACCUUAACUUAUUUAACGUAUAACUUGAGAAUCGCAAUUGCUAUGUUAGACACAGAAUUUAAUCCUUUGUAUCGUUCUACUGUGCCGGCCUUGUUCUUGAUUGGAGGAUUUGUAUUUAUUGCUCUCUGUGUUGCUAUUGCGUAACUGACUGGUCACCAUUGCUGUCAGAAUAUUGUUUUGAAUUUUUCGUUGGAAGCAUCCAUUUUAACUGGCCAUUUCGAGGUUGUGUUACACUGUUUGCCGUCCUCCUUUUCUCUUAAAAUCAGUCUAGUUCUUAUCUGAGCCAGCGCGAUUGCAUACAACGACGUUACGUUAUAAUAAUGGAUACGCCGUCGUUUAUCGCGGCGCUCGCGCUUGCGUGCUUGGGUUUCGCGUGCAGUAACUUUUCAAAGAAAAAUAAGAGACUGCUCGCAGGCUAAGGUUGUGUUAAAGACUGGGUCGGUGUUGUGUCGAAUUGCACUAUGGGACUGUUUCAGAGAACGAAUUUUGACCCAGUUUCCUUUGCGACUUCGUAACAGCGAAUGAAAGAAGCGAUAGCAUCCCCAAAACACUCCAAUGGUGCUCUUCGAUACGACUCUAGCUCUUACCGAUCAA